CAUCCUUUCCCUCUGGGGGUUAAAAAGCGAGCCGAAGAACCUUGAGGAUUAAAGCCUCACUUCGCAUUGGCUGGAAAAGUUUAAAGCCCUCAUCUGAUUGGCUGGCAGGGUGUUUAGAGGAGUUGUGAGCUCCAAUUAACGGGGUUCCAUGCAGGCAGCUUGUGAAUAAACGCUGGGGAUUGGAACGUGGGGUUUGCUAAUAGCUCCCGGGGCUCCUCGGUACCUACAGCAGUUAGCGAUUUUUACUCACUCCAAAGCUGUUGUCCCAGUUAAAGAAUUACAGCAAUAAAUACUUGCACGCCUCAGGCAGAUUCAAAUAGGAGGAAGCGCGAAGCAGGGAAGGCAAGCUGAAGAAUGGAUCUGAGUUCAGGAAUCCAAAAGGUAAAUGGCAAUAUUUCUUCCGCCUUACUUCCUCUUGCUUCCGUAGUUAUUGCUGAGGAAUAUUCGAGGUUAGUUUUAGUUUCUCUCUCAACAGCUGUGGCUUUCCAGCAGACCGCAGCAAACAAAGACUUUACCUGCGAGGAAGCUUCACUGAAAUCACUGGGGCUUCCCUUUAAAUAGACCUUUGUACACACCUAGCCUGGGAUUAAAACGCAUAAAGUGGGAAUUACUAUUUGACUGAAACAUUCAGCGUGUUGAAGGGACGCGCUGCUGCUGCCGUAAUCUUAUCGCUGAUAGAUUCCAGUCGGUGUUUUAUGGGGAACAAACUCCAGACUUGAAGAGUCUAAAAAGUGUGCUCAAUACUAAUGUGAUAAGGGGAAUCCAGUUUUGCACAGACUGUUCUACUACUGUUCUGGAUUUUAUUCUAAGAAAUUAGUGGCUGGAAACUGUGUGCGUGCUUUUUCACUUUCACAGUCAACUUCAGUAACUGUAGGAAAUGAAAGAAAUUCGGCUGGUCUAUAAACUUCUUCAUGUGCUGAAAAGCAGUAGCCACAGGCUAAGUAUGAGGUUCGUAGCCUUUGCUUCUCCCGCUGCAAACCUGGUCUGCUGGCCCGAUGCCCAGGCUCUGUAAGUUUGUGCAUAUAAUGUGCUGGAUGUUACAGGUCACACAAAACAAAAAGGAGAGGCGUUUCAGUUGCUCCAGCAGCUUGAAUACAGAUCACUUUCUUUCACAAAGCAUAUGGAAAAGUAGCCAUGAAGCUAUUGCUACUCCUUGUGCAGUUUUCUUUAUGUAAUAAAGUUUAAGACUAUGCCACUGGGGGCGGGAUUUCAUGGGUGUAAUUGAAUUCCCUGCAAAUGGACCUGUGAACUGUGGGUCAAUAUCCAAUCAUACCUUCCGCUUGUAGGCAUAAUUCUUGCUGGGGGUUAUUCCCUGGUUAAAUGACCAGGAUGUCAUUCCUAAGCAUACUGUUUGAGAAGUAAAUCCUACUGAAAUCAAUGGAAUUUAUUUCCGAGUAAGAGCGGUUAAGGUCAGGCUCGUGAGAAGAUCUGCAGCAUGUUGUGUAUUGGGAAAUGCUAAAGAAGUAUUGAAUAAUUUGUGGGUCGAUCACUGGGCUUGUUUGCACUGAGUGUCUGGACCUGUGUGGAAUUGGAAGGUUUUGUUGAAGUAGGUGCUGGUUCAGUGGAAUGAUCAAAGGGUGGGUCGCAAAUAAGAAUGUCUUCAAUUCCUGGAUGCAGUUUAGAAGAAUUUAUGGGAACCUGUGCCCUGAAAGAAGGCCUUUCACUUGGUAUAGCAUAUAACAGGACUGCAUGCCCUUUGUUCUUAACUAUAAGAAUAUUGAUUUCCUUCCCCCAUCCCUUCCUUGUUCAGAUUGGCUUUAUGCAUUUUGAAGCCAUAACUUUGGGACUGGGAGCUUUAUAUAUCUUGAUAUUCAGGAGGGGGGGCAGUUAGAUGUCGUUGGUGCAGAAAAUGAGACUCAAGGUACUGGAUUUGAUCUAUUUCCUAACAGACGGUGAUUAGGUUGUAAGGCACUUUGUCUAGUGUGUAAUAUAAUAGGUGUGCAAGCUUGCUUACAUACAAAACUGUUUAAUAGUCAGAAAAUUGAGUAGUGGCAGUGUUACAGUAUUUGCAAAGGGUUAAAAUAACCUGGACCACAGCACUGUGGAGCAUGGAAAUAGUCAUCCCAAUAAACUAGGUGCAGGGACUUUAAAAGCCAGCACUGUACCAUUCAGCCUCAACAUGCUUAUGUUGCAAAACCUUUUCCACAAUCGGCAUGGGAUGGUUGUUGUGUGCAUACCAACAAAUCCAGGAACGGACUUGUUCAAAACAAAAGGUCCAUUUCUAGCUUAUUGCUUAACCCUUCUUGUCUCUCUUAUGAUAAUUUAAUAUCUCUCCUGCCCUCUGUUCUCAGAUUCCUUGAAUAUGAAGUUUUUCAACUGAUUUUAUUUUUAAGUUUGCUUUUUCUGAGCUUUCUGGGGGAAACCACCUCUGACUUCCAGCUGCUCUGUCAAGCAACUUCUAUUCUGCUUCUCUUCAGUAACUUUGGCACAGCUGAUUAUCUCUCUCCCUUAAACUCUCUGUGUAUCUAUGACUGAAUCUAUGCAUACUGUAUUCAUUACAGUGGUACCUCGGGUUAAGUACUUAAUUCAUUCCGGAGGUCCGUUCUUAACCUGAAACUGUUCUUAACCUGAAGCACCACUUUAGCUAAUGGGGCCUCCUGCUGCUGCACGAUUUCUGUUCUUAACCCGAGGUAAUAUUUCUGGGUUAGCGGAGUCUGUAACCUGAAGCGUAUGUAACCUGAAGCGUAUGUAACCCGAGGUACCACUGUAGUUCUUUUCUAUACUCCCCCCUUUAUGUUAGUGUGCCCCAGAGUUUGGUCCUUAGCUUCCUCUGUCACUUUAUUCCGGGCCCAAAAAUCUGGGAUCCCUUAUGUUCCAUCUCACUCAAUGAGAUCCUCUGAGGGGACACUUCUGGUGGUUCACCCUGCCCCUGUGGUUCAGCCUUUGCAAUGUGAUUUGUUUCCACCAUUCUAACCAACCAGUAUGUAUUGAUGGUUUUUAUUGAUGCUUCUACUGAUUUUAUUAAAAUCUUGUAUGUUGUAUGGCACCUUGAUAAACUUUUAUAAAAGUCUGGAUUAUAAGUAUUUCAAAAAAUAAAUAUUCAUCACUUUAUCAUAACUGACUACUCACUCUUGCCUUUACUUAUGGUUUUCAAUCCUUUAUGCUCCACUCCUGAGAACAUGACAACAUUCAUGUCUUCGUCAUGUCAGCUUUAACUUGGGACUUGAUCUUUCAUUUCAGUGGUGGUGGGACUGCCAUUCCACACUGCUCUGGUAAUAGGCUGGGUCCUGACUUGUACGCAGUGGUGCUCUGUCAGUACUAGAGGAAAGGGGUUCAGGUAGUAAUUUUUGCUGAUUGUCCUCAGCCUCCUGUGUCUCCCUUGGGAACACACACCCAAACAGUUUUGGAAGUUUAUGGGAGGAAAGCAUGGAAGCUGGCACUUGUGAAAUUGUUGCCUUGCUCCUUUCCUUCAGUGGUGAGCCUCCACUGAAUCCUAGUUCCCUGCACAACUGAAGGAGCCCCUCCAUUCUCACAGAAACAAGUGUGGAUUCAACCCAGGGUCUGCUUUCAGGGAACCAUGUAGAAUGGACCAAAUAUGUGGCUAGUCCCCAUGCCAGUAUAAUUUCAUGGGUGCGUCUAGCACAAAGAGUGCUGUAUGCUGCUACAAUAGCAAAGUGUGUCAGAAACCCUCCUUCACAUCUUCUCUUGCUGUCCAUCUUGUCUAAGAACAUAAUACAGCUUUCAUAUUUAAUUUCCCCUAAGCUGUACCUGUGGGUGACUAGAAAUUAUGUGGUGGCAUCUUAAAUGUUCCUUGCAUCAAUAAUAUGGGAAUGCUGUCAUUGGUGGUGACUCUAGCUUCUAGUGAUGCUGUUGGGUAAAGGAUAAGUGAGGUGCUAAAAUGCUAAAGCUGGCUUCAUCAGUGUUGCUGGAUGCAACAGAAGGCUACUUUUAUUACAACUUCCAUGUGGUAAAGCAUUUAAAUGGCUAGCACAUAGCUCCUUGUCAGUUAACCAAAACAUCGUGGGGCAUCUUCUCACAACACGUAGCUGCUGGUGAACUUGAGAAUGGUGUCCAGUUAAAAGAUGGAGCUUGUGUGCCUUUGGUAAAAGGACGAAAGGGAUUUAGGCUUCGAAGAGGCAUCUAGAGUCCUUUCUACACCCAAUGACUUUCUUAGGCAUGCAUUAGGACCUCUAAUCACAGUGUACACCUGAACGUAAAAAUGCUAGGACAAAAAUGCUUCAUGCUAGCUUGAAGUAGUAAAAAGUCAAGAAUGUAUAACUUGCUGUUGAAAUGGAAUACUCAGGAUGAAACGGUGAAAUCUGCUAUGAUUAAACAGCCAAGAUGUUGGACAUAUAUUAUGUUCGCUGACUGUGAAUAAAGCAGGACCACAGGUAUGAAGUUUACGUGUACGCCAGAGAGAAUAUUAUGAAAAUGAUAUAUAUGUAGGCAUGACCCCAAAAAUAAGCUGCAAAAAUUUAUCAUUUGCCCGAUAAUAAAUGUUGGAAAUGUAAAGAAAACUGAAGGUACAUUCUUCACCUUUGGUGGACGGUCCCAAAGAUUAAGGCUUUCUGGGAAUAUAUAUAAUGAACCAAAGGUAUUUAAAUAUACCUUCUGAAGAAACCAGAGGCCUUCUCUUGGGCAUUGUCGGCCAACUGGUGCCAAAGAAGGACAGAACUUUUUCAUGUAUACAACAGCAGCAAGAAUACUUAUCGCAGUAUUGACACAAGAUCACCCACUUUGGAAGAAUGGCAGAUGAAGGUAGGACUACAUGGAAUUAUGAAAUGAUCACAGAACUGAGACCAGGGAGAAGAGACGGCAGAAGAUCAGCACUUAAGACCAUUUAGAACAUUGUGAAAUUAAGAACUUAGAAGAUGUUGGAUAGAAACUAAGAGGUUUUAUUGUAAUGCUUAAGAGACAUGGAAAAAAAAGGUUAACAAUUGGGUAAAAGAUUAAUGUAAGAUUGCUGAACCAACAAAUUGAAUUGGAAUACAAAGAAGGAGGCAUGAGGAGGUCCGGGAAACAAGAGUGAGGGAAGAUAGGUUAUGAACAUUAUUGUGUUUUUAACUGUUUUAUUUUGUACGUUUUUUCUUAUUUUCUACUUUUUUGCUGUAUCUUAAAACUUUAUACUUUUCUCUUUGUUUUGUAUUUUCAUGUAUUUUUGUGAAACUUUAAUAAAUAUCAAAAUAAAAAUAAAAAUGAAGUAGUAAAAAGGCUUUUCAGUGAUGGAAAACCCAAUACAGUGCAAAUAGGAUAUUUGAUUCAUGCAACACAGUAACCCAAAUGCAGGGCUGUCUUAAGCAUAUGUGGCGCUGGGGUGCAAAGAUCCACCCGGCGCCCCCCCCUCCAGGUUGCCCAGUCCCAGGCGUGCAGAAGGGCAGAGCCGGCUGGCUGCCUCAGCGUCUUGCUGGCUCAGUCAGCCCUGAACUCACGGUGCAGAGCCGCCCACAGCAGAAGAGCCCGCUGCUGCACUCUGACCAGUGGGUGGGCUCUUCGCCGGAUUCGACUCUCGGCCUGGUGCCCCUGAGAACCCAGCGCCCAGGUGCCCGCACCCCUAGCGCCUAUGAGUAAGACUGCCCUGCCCAAAUGUUGGUAUGGACAUACAGGCUGCGGGAGAGGAGUUGGAAACCAUUUUGCUCUUCCUUGGUCCUUUUUAUGGCUGCACUGCACUAAGCUAUACACCAAGGAUUAGCUUAGCAUUUUGUCCGAACCAGGACUCCUGCUUAAGCCCCGUCCUCAGCACUAGCCCAAGUUUUGCCAGAAUGAAAUACUUCCCCUGAUGUUGACACUGGGUCAAGUAUUGCAUUUGGGGUAACCCAACAUGGCGGAAGGGUUGCCAUGGAUCCUACUGACAACCCCCAUAUAAAAGUGUUGCUUCCAUCGCUCACCCACCAGGGGGGUGGAAGGAGUUGUGAGUGACUAGCAACAGCCACUGUUCUGUGUCGUAGCUCGGGGUGUGGGCAGAAACACUGAAGAGUGGUUCAGAUGGAUCAGCAAUGGGCCCCUUUGAUCUCCUCGACCCUCAUCAGGUGCCCAGCCAUCAACAUGAGCGGUCUGGCUAGAGCUUCUGAGUAUUAGCUUUCUUCAGGUACAAAAUCUGCACUCCCCUCCCUUCCUUUUGAAAUGGUGCCAGCUUGAGCAAGAAAUAUCAGCACCAUAGAUGGUGUGUGAGGCCUGUACUGCUGUGGAGUAACAUUCCAAGCUGCCUGACACCUGAACUGGAACCAAGUACAACACUGGCUGACCAGAAAGAAAACAGUCGUGCAGCUAGACCACACUUCAGAACAGAAAUGUUGUUGCCUAGUCAAAAUGAAGAAAAGACCUUGAAUAACACGAUGAUGCCCAAGGCGUGCCUAGGCCUGGCAUCAUUAUGGCGGCAUGACUCCUCUCUCUCUCUCUCUCUCUCUCUCUCUCUCUCUCUCUCCCUCUCCCCAAUUGGGGGAAAGUCUCCUCAUUUUCUGGGCACUAGGCAAACUGCUGUCAGUUUGGAGCUUGGCUUAGCAAUGCCAGUGUGUGCAAGUCUGUGACUACAGAAUCUGGCAUCCAUUAUGGCUCAUUUCAGGGUCCUGCAAUGUUGAUUGUUCACUCACUUUGGGGCUUAAUUAUUGUUGAUGCCUUAAGCGGCAUCCUGUUAGUAAAAAGAGAGGCAGUGGGUAGGGCAGCCAUUUCGAAGCUGGAAGAGCUUAGCUUGAGAAAUCUGAAAUGAAGAAUCUUAAGUCAAAACUGGAAUGGAGCUUGAUGGCUUCCACCUUUUGAACGUUAUUGGAAACAGUUGGCGCCAAGAUGGAGAUGUAAUCUAAUACAACCCACUCCCGCUGAAUUGAAACAACAACUCCUUCAACAGAAACCUAGCACGAACGAAAUGUGUUCCCAGUGUCAUUCUCAAAAAGGGGAGAGCUGACUGUUUUUCUUCCUUUAGUACUGCUCUAGUUCUGUGUAGGCCAGGGGUUGCCAGCAAACAUUUGUACACCUGAGGAGAAGCUGCAAUGGGCAUCACACAUACACACUGCAACCUGUUCUAUUGGCUACAGUAGAAUGGAUAGUGGAUGCACAAGCAAAGGCCUUGAGACCAGUGAAGCCAUUUGUGAAGGAGCAGCACUGCACAAGAUCUCCUCCUGUCCAUAUUUGUAAGCCUUAUUGAGCUGUAUGUUAAAAUAGUGUUUAAAAAGCCCUUAGCUCUUCUCCCAAAUUGGGGUGGGUAGGUGGCCCCUAGGAGGGGCGCAUAGAUCAGUGCCACAGGUGGGCCCAUGAUGAACAGCCCUAGCACUGUCUGCCAGUACCUGCCAUUCCAUAGACUUGAAUGGGGCACGGAAAACGUAAUGUGUGAAAGGCUGCAUAGAAUUUCACCAAUCCAGUGCAAACAUGCUCCUUGACAAGCCUAAAUAAAAUGCACUGGUAGUUUCUGCAAAAGAAAAAAAAGGGAGCAUACAAGCUGCAGAGGAAAAAAGGGUCAGAAGUGUCAAUUUCAGUGCUUUUAAUGCUCUACCUGUGGUAUUAUGUAUCAGAUUAGUUUGAUGGUUGGCUCAUUAGGUGUAGCAUGUAUGCCAAGUUUCAAGGUUUUAAACUCAGGAGGUUCCACUUUUAUAAGCCAUCAAUUUUUGAAGCUUAGAAUAAUGAGGCUUCUCUUUGCUAUUCCUCUUAACUAUAGAGCCACUCCCCUAUACAGUGGUACCUCGGGUUACAUACGCUUCAGGUUACAUACGCUUCAGAUUACAGACUCUGCUAACCCAGAAAUAGUACCUUGGGUUAAGAACUUUGCUUCAGGAUGAGAACAGAAAUUGUGCUCCGGCGGCGCGGCGGCAGCAGGAGGCCCCAUUAACUAAAGUGGUGCUUCAGGUUAAGAACAGUUUCAGGUUAAGAACGGGCCUCUGGAACGAAUUAAGUACAUAACCAGAGGUACCAUUGUAACAUGGAAUGUGCUUGCAGUGACAUCAUAGACUUUUUAAAAAAACAUAGAAUUGUGUGCUUGGCUCCUAAUCCAUAUAGCAUGAGUUUAUCCCUUACCAUGAUCUGAAAACCUCUCCAUAAUAUGAAAACCUCUGCUAAUGCUACUGCUACAAUCCUAACCACACUUACUUGGGAGUCAGAGUCAUUGAAUUCAAGUGGGCUUAAUCUCUGAGUAGCUUUGGCUAGAGUUGCUCUGUGAUAUAGAAAGCUAUUGGUUCCACAGUUGCCUUCUGCAGCACAGUUCAGCCAAUGGAGAUUCCUGGGCCAAAUUUGGCCCCGGGGAGAAGUCCUGUCUGGUUUUCUAGCUGCCAACCUGGCCUGAAAGGGAGGUGUGGAGACAACCAGCAGUUGUGGCGAUGGAAUACGAUAACAGCAUUCCUCACCCCAUUCUCCAUCUUACACUUCAAGUAAACCUGUUGCUGAAUUUAAAUGUUGAAACCUUUGAAGAAACCAGCUGAAAGAUCUUCCUAAAAACCUUACGCAUAUUUCACAUUAGGAUGGUAAGCCUGUUUCUGGGCUGCACCUUCAAUUAGGCAGGGCUAGAUUAAUCCGUAGGUUAAUACCUGGAAGCGGGGGCGGGGGGGGGCAGCUUGGGCCUGCCUGCCGCAAGAUUUCUACUCAGCAGCCGAAACAAAUAGUACAAACAGUUCCUUCUUCGCAUUUUGUUUUGAUGCAUGGGAAAAGUUAAGACUCUAGACUCCAUUUUUCAGCAGUGUGCAUUUGAAGAGAUUGUGAAUGGAUGUGAUCUGAUCCACUGAGGAAAAUUGGAUGAUGGGGGACAGUCGUGUACAAGUGGGUUCUAAAUGCAAUGAAAAAUAAAAAAAAAUUGAACAAAUGGGGUGUCAAUGGUGUGACUUGCCUGGGGCACUAUUUGGCUUAGAGCCAGAUGUGCUCCUUGGUGCUAGCAUUCAUAGAUGUGUCUUUCUGAGGGCUUCCUAUACAGAACCCUUAAAAUAGAUUUACUUUACUCUUAACAACCUGCAGGAUAUACAGCGGAAUCCCAGAAGCUGAACUCCUGUAAGCUCAAAUGUUUUAGCUCCCAAACGAUCGGAAACCAAAAGUGAUUGUUCCAGUUUUCGAAUGAUUUUUGGAAACCAAAUGUCCGGCAUGGCUUCUGCUGCUUCUGAUUGGCUGCAGGAUGCUCCUGCAGCCAAUCGGAAGCUUUGCCUUGGAAGUCAAACGUUUUGGAAGUCAAAUGGACUUCCAGAACAGAUUCUGUUUGAUUUCCAAGGUAUGUCUGUAAUGCUAUUUAUGCAUCCUGAUUCUGACUGAAAUAUUUGCAUGUACACACAGAGGAUUUCUGAGGAACGCAGAUUUCCAUUACUGUAGUUUAAGAACCAAGCAUGGCUUUACCACUAGGAAAGCCACUCAACUGCUAUUUAAACUACUGGGUUCUGUGCCAUGGAUUCUGUUGUUGGAAACCUGCUAUGUGCCAGUUCUAAGUGGGGCUUGAAAACUGGCAGCCUGGGGCAUCCUCUUGAUUUAGUGUACUGAUUUUGUGCCACAGCACUGCUCUUCCCUACCCCUGAUCUGCUCCUGACCCAAUUGGCCACCCAGAAGCUAAUACAACAGUAGAUCAUAAUUCUUCCUUUAGCCUUCUAAAGAAGCCUGUGAGCUUCUUUCAGGUAGUUCGGUGGUGUGUCUGUGGAUUUGUGGUUAGGUUGGGAGAUUAAAUAUUCGUAUUAAUGUUAAGUUAUAUGGUAUUACAAUUUUAUGGAUUUCAAACUGUAGUACAAUAAAAUAUAGUAUGUCUGGAGGGGAGAAGCAAUAAAAUUACAGCUAAAAAUAUCCAGCAUUUGGCAUGGUGCAAUUGCUACAACAGGCAGAAAAACCAUUAAGUGGUCCAUCAAGACCACCGGCAAUUUUCCAGUGGUCCAUAGGGCGGGGUGGAGGAAAGUUGGGUAUAUUUGUUCUAAUCAGUUGAGGGCUCUAGACAUUGGAAAGGUUUUCAAGGCAAGAACUCAAACUUGAUCUCGCAAAGCAAGUCUUCAUGGAGCAUUUGGAAACCUGCCUCAGUGAAGGCGCCGAGCUCACUUCAAAGGCAAAUGACCUGAGGUUGCACCUGCUCAAAGUAGACCUGUUGCAAUUGGUGGACAUGGUUAACGAUUUCAGUGGGUCUACUUGUGAGUAGAAUUUAGUUUGGUACAAUCCUUGUUCUUAAAGUUCCCAGCAAGCAAAUCACAGAGGGGGUUUCCCUAGUCCAACAGUAUCCUUGAGUGUCCUCUUUCCUCUUCUGAAAUUAAGUUUAGAGACUCCAGGUACCCAUUGGCUCUGUGUGUUUCUGUAUUUAGAAUAUCCUUGAAUUUCUCCGCAAGCAAAUUGCCACCUAUCCCUCUCUUGUUCUCAUUUUGGAGUCCAGGUCCAUUUCUUUUUCUUUUUUGAAAUGCCAGUUUUAAAUCCAAUUAAUACAGGGUUGGGUGGGAGAUCUUUCUACUCUAUUUUUAAAAGCCUGCCCUUCCCCCCCUGCUUAUCAUGAAUUCACACAUUGUUGCCUGUGAAAAGAAUCCUGCCAAGUAUUUGUGCUUGGAAGGGCAUGAUAUUUGCAGAGACUUUUGCACUGCUAUAUCUUGGUCACACUGAAGGGAUGCUGAAAUCUGGCAGAACACUUGGAUUAGUUUUCUUGGACAUUGGUGUGGGUGUGCCUAUAGCCAAAAUAAGUGUUUCUUUGGCAAAACUGUCUUUACCUUCUAGUACCACUGUCAAAUGGGGUGCUUCCAAAUAAUUCUGAUGGCACUGAACUUUGCUCUAGGUUUGGUAAUUUCUAAAAAUUCACAAUCAAAUCUGCUAUCUCUAAUUCUUGAGUUUCUCUUAGAGUGCUUGCUGGGGGAUACUGAUAAAUGAGCAGUCAAUUAUUUCUGGCUGAACAAGAAAUCAGCAAGAAUGUCUUACCGUUUUGUGAACUUGCUGCCUUUGCAUGCCUUUUCCAGUUUCCCCCCACUCUCCAAUGAUAUUUCCAUUUUUUUCCUUUUUUUUAAUUCAUGGGAAAUUGGAAUCGAAAUCUCUACUGCGUAGAGAAGAAUAAGAAACGGUGCAUGAACAGGAUAGUAUGUUGGUUGGAAGUGAGAGAACUUUAUGUCGGUGCAGGGAUUUUCUUGGGCAACAGAAUGUUCUCCCUCUCUCAUUCUUCCCAUGCACCUCCUAAAUCUCUUCCAGGGGUUUCCCCAAUCCUUUAGACCAGAUUUGGGGGUGUUGUUUUUUGUGGGGGACAGGGCAGUGAAAGUUGCAUUGUGCUAGCACUAAUCCUGUAGUGGAAUACUGCCCCUGGCUCCAUAUUGGAGCAGUGCAACAUUAAGAGUGGUACAGUGGUACCUCGGGUUACAUACGCUUCAGGUUACAGACUCCGCUAACCCAGAAAGAGUGCUUCAGCUUAAGAACUUUGCUUCAGGAUAAGAACAGAAAUCGUGUGGCGGCGGCGCGGCGGCAGUGGGAGACCCCAUUAGCUAAAGUGGUGCUUCAGGUUCAGAACAGUUUCAGGUUAAGAACAGACCUCCAGAACGAAUUAAGUACUUAACCCGAGGUACCACUGUAUAGUGUUAAUCUGGAUUGGCCACUAAUUCUAGCUGAUGCCUGUUAACCUUAUGUGACUGCAAACCUUAUGACUUGUUUGGAGGGGGGAAAGAGACUAGAUGUCAUGUGUCUGAGGGUGUUGAUCCCUACAUAGUUCACCAGCAGCUCCUAUCUCUGGUUUUAGAAGAAGAGGAGCAUCAGUUACUAGUACGGACACAUGGUUGGGUGCGGAAAUGCUGAAUGACCUGACAAUUGCUCACUAGUCAUAACAAGGAGAGCCCUGAUAAACAAUGCAGAACUGAUACACCCUGGUUUCCCUCUUUAAAGAAAUAUUAUAUACAAGAAACCGUGGGAAUAUUUAUAUUCUCUUUGAAGCAAUGAGGAGAGAACCUGGAAGCCCAUUCUGUGUUUAUUUUGUAUACUCAUAACUGUUGGGCUCUUCUGGGGUUUGCCUAGUGGAAUAUACGAAGCAAGCUCUAAUUCCUUCAGGCUUUGAAUUCUGCCCGCUGCAGAUCAUUUAGCAACUCGUUUUUUUCCAAGAAGGCUAGCUGAAGGCUAGCUACAGCAAAGAGAGAGAAUGUAAAUGCGCUGUAACUUAGAAUAAAACUGCACAGCAUCCAAUGCAUUCCAUAAUAGUAAUAACAGUAACCCUGAGUUUCUAAUCCAUUGCAAUUCGCUGGCCUGUCCACAAAGGUCAAAACACCCUGGACAUUUGCAAAGGCCCACCAAGACCCUGGUUGUGUCUGGACAUAGUAAUAGCAUGCUAAAUUUUGGCCUGCAUAUGAUAUGCUUUACACUGCUUGCAACAAAUGUUGUGGUGCUUGAAUGCUAUUUCACAAUUAUUAUUUUUUUAAAAAAACAACCCAGUAAAUUUUCAUUUUCAAAAUUUGGAAUAUUAAUGUCCUGAAGUUUAACCUCAAAACUUUUGACAGAAUUUUGUGACCAGUUCUGAAAUCCGUAUCUGUGUAUUUGCUAGAACGCUGUUAGUAGAACAUGAACGUGCAACAGAAUUUACUUACCUGUUGGAUCCUAUCCGAUGUUCUCCACUCCUGUCACAUGCUGCAAAAUGUUGAACUCUAUUGUAAACAAUGCUGACAUGUGGAAAUAAAGCUACUGUGCCAUUAGGAUGUUUUUCACAGGCAGCUGAUAUUUCUAAGCUUACUUCUGAGUAGGAAUGGGCAAUAAAUUUGAUUUGGUUCACAUUUAAAGGUGAAUCUCUCUGAUUCGCACUUUCCGAAAUAUGUGAACUGAGACACAGGCGUCCUUUGAAAUUUGCACUUCUUCAAAUUUUGCAAUGCAGUUCUGUGGCCAAGUACUGUGUGCAAUGCAUAUACAGUGGGACCUCUGGUUAUGUACUUAAUUCGUUCCGGAGGUCUGUUCUUAACCUGAGGCACCACUUUAGCUAAUGGGGCCUCGCACCACCACCGCACGAUUUCUGUUCUCAUCCUGAAGCAAAGUUCUUAACCCGAGGUACUAUUUCUGGGUUAGCAGAGUCUGUAACAUGAAGCGUACGUAACCUGAAGCAUAUGUAACCCGAGGUACCACUGUACUGUACGAGGUGAAAGUGUGGCUGAAAAUGCAGGCAUUGGUGAAGAUGACAUACAGGAAUGCAGUGUAUAUGUAUGGGGAGCUUUCCAAAAAUUCACACUACAAUGCUGAAUAAUUUUUAUGAGGACUUUUUAGAAAACAUUGCAAACUGAUGCGAAGAACUGACUGGAAAAAUUAGAGACCGAAAUUGACAAGCUUACCCGUCUCUACACCUGAGCAGACAUGUCAGCUCCAGAGCACUUAGCCUCCUUCAGAUGACGUGAUUUGCAUGUGUGUGAUGUCCCCCCACACACACACACACUCUGGGCUCCCUCAAACUUGGGGGCAACUUGGUGCCUCUGCACCUGAGCAAGCAUGGGUAGGAUUGGACUGCAUGGAUAGCUUUCCCAUAGGUCCUGGGAGCUCCAAAAGGGUGUUUUGAGUCAUGCCACAUAUUGACACAUGAUGGAACCAGUCCUGCUUCUGUCACACAACCCCAGAAGCAUGGAGAGAGAGAAGUGUUUAUGACUUUACGAUCUAAAAGUUCUCAGGGCAGGAGCCUGUUGGCUUGCAUGCUGAAGACGAAUCCUUUAGUAGUGGCUUAAAUGAAUCCUUGCAGUGUUUUCUGCUCUUCUCACAUUAUCCCCAGUCUUGGCUGAGCUGAGGAAAUGCAGGAGUGAAUGGGAUUAUUAUGCAUUGAAACAAUUUGAACCUCAAAUAUUUGCCUUGGUUUUGUUCCUAGGAGUGGGUGAAGCCUUGAACCUAGUCCUUGGUUAUUUUACCCAGACUGUUUUUGCCAUACUUGUCACCUUAGACUCAAAGUAAACUUCGGUACAGCACACUCUUUGCAUUCAUGAAUACGUGCAGAAGUUCAAACAAGGAUAAAAACCUCUGUAGACAAGGCUCUCCUGUUGCUUGUAGAAGGCAGCGGACACAGCCCUGACAGGAAUGUCCUGAUUUGUAUUGGAUUAAGGGCAAGUCUAGCAACUUCAUUUGCCUGCGUCCCGCCCCACCCCCCGCCCAAUAGAUUUGGGCUUGGCAAGCCUCCUAGACCUGCCAACUCAUCAGUGUUCUGUAUGAAUGUAACUGAUCCACUAUAGAGAAAACAAACUGAUUCAUUAAGGCUACUAAUGGUUGCCAAAUGCAAUCCACAGCGGCUUUUACCACAGGGAUGCUGCCUUGUUUACAUUUAUGCACAAACACUUGGUAGCUCUCUGCUUGAAAGAUCCUUUUUCUCCCUCCUUCCUCCAUCUCCCCAAGUUGUAACAACCCUAUCCAACAGUGUGGAACUGAGCCAAAAAGCAAGGCUUUGUUUAUCUUUGAUGCCUCAGAGUGAUUCUGUAGUAAAGAGAGAGAGUUCAUUAUUUUAGAUGCCUGCAAAAGACUCUUUUGUCCACAUAAUGUAGCAACUCUGAAGGUGAAUGUUGAAAGAAUCCUGGAAACUACUUUUGUUAAGAUAUUACAACUGGUAUAUAAUGAUAGAUAAGCCUCUUAAUAUCCUGCUUAUUGUAUUUAUUAAAUUUAUGUCCCACCCUUCCUCCCAGGGGAGCCCAGGUUUCUACAAUCAUUUCUUCUUUUUCUGAAUGCAGUGGAACAGCUGCACAAUUUCUCCAUCAGUAGAUGAUUUGUCACACAGCUUUUCUGGCCAGCCAUUGCCUAUAUAGACUGUGGCAGCCAUUUUGUUCUUUACGGUCCAUCGUUCCUUUCUAUGAACAUUGUAUCACAUUAAUUGUGUCUUUGUACAUCUAUUUUCUUCCCCUUAAAUUACAAUGGGGCAAUCACUGGGAGUACAGCAAGGUGGGGAGAGGAAGUAUUGAACCCCCUCCCUGGUCGCAAAACACCACAGCCCCAAUGAAAAUUACCUUUAUCUCCCACUUGUGGCUAGGUGGACUGCUGCAGAACGUUAUUUAGAUUCCCGAAAUCUGGCAUCAGAGCUGCUAUUCCACUUGCAGCUUAAAGUGGAACAACCCGGGGGGGGGGGUUCAGCUGGAACUCGCCGGAACUCAGUUCUGGCACAUCUCAGGUAGGUGUCAUUGCCAUUCUAAGAAAACAAGUUGAGUUCUGGCACCUCUUUUUCUAGAAAAAUAGCUCCAAGAACAGCAAUAACUGGGUGCUGGUGAUACAGUCCAUGCACUGCCUGUGCAGUAGUCUCUUGCCCAAAAUAUAAUUCUGUAAAAAUGUGAAGUCACUUUUCUCUUGGGCUACUGCUCCUGAGUCCUGGCUGGGUGAUAUUUCUUAACUCAUCUCAACGGCCAAAAGAUUCUCUGUGUUGUAUAUUUGCAAAUAUGUAUACCUUUUAAAAACAUGUGCUUUAGCUGACUUUCCAGAUUAUUGGAAAUAACAUGGCUUAGGUGGAUUAUAGCCAGGAGUUCUAUUUGUUCUAUGCCAUUAUUGUGCUUCUAAAGCCUCUUUACCUUCCCACUUAUAAAGCGGUACCUAUUUAUCUACUUGCACUUAGGGGUGCUUUCGAACUGCUAGGUGGGCAGAAGCUGGGACCGAACGACGGGAGCUCACCCCGCCGUGGGGAUUCGAACCGCCGACCUUACGAUCAGCAAGUCCUAGGCACUGAGGUUUUACCCACAGCGCCACCCACGUCCCCCAAACGGUGUUUCCGUGUGCGGCACAGGUGCUGGCUCGCCAGUUGCAGCUUCGUCACGCUGGCCACGUGACCCGGAAGUGUCUUCGGACGGCGCUGGCUCCUGGCCUCUUGAGCGAGAUGAGCGCGCAACCCUAGAGUCGGUCACGACUGGCCCGUACGGGCCAGGGUACCUUUAAAGCCUCUUUAUUCUCAGCUUCUUUAUUGUCAAACUUUCUUUCAUGUUUGUCUGUUUGUUUUGCUUGCUGGUAACUGUAGUCACUGACUUAAUGCUUCUUUUUUUUAGGGCAGUGUCUUAUCAAAACAUCUUACAAACAUAAUAUGUUUCUUAGAAUCCCCAGCCCAAUAUAGACCUGAAACUUGGAAAUGCCCCAACCCACAUUGGGACAAUAUAUUUUAUUCCGCCAACCAAACUGUGGCAAAAUAGCACAAAAGCUUUUGAAUUCUCUGGAGCUCUUCAUCGUCCUAGGUGAGAAGCAAAGCAACACUAGACCUCUAGUACAAAUUGGUAUAUGUAAUAAACAAUGGAAGCAACUUGCUUUGCAAACCGUUAAGGAUGAGUGGGGAGUGCACGACGAUAAGGACUAUGUCUUCUGGACAUCACUUGUUCUCAAGGGACUAGUAUCACUCCCUAGGAAGUUUGGCAGCUGAUGGCGUCUUGACCAACUCAUGUGUAGGCUGCCUUUAGCUCCACUUGGAAACCCCCAAGCUCCAGCUGCAUUGCACAAAUGAUUGCCAGACAGAAUAUUUUUGGUCAGUAUGGGACUGCUGUGAUGUGGUUGAGAUUUUAAUACUAAGGGGCGAGACCCAUUCAGCUUUCUAUGAGCUGAGCACUUCUAAAUAACUUCCUGAAAGAAGCAAGGUUGUGUGUGUGUGUGUGUGUGUGUGUGUGUGUGUGUGUGUAAUAGUGGCAUCAGCAGCUAGGAGCAUGAUACUAAAGGGACAAGAGAAAGAUUAAAGUGAAGGAUGUCAUUGUGUGACUAAGGGGAUUCAUUUUCUAAUGCCGUAGAAUUGCUUCAAAAAGCAACUCAAAAUUCUUUAUAAAUGUGUCUACUACCUAGUACCAGUUAGUUGGAAACUGGUGUACAUGAGGAUAAAAACUCAUUAACAUAAUAAACUCAUGAUAUAAUGAACAAAGUACAGCUGAUAGCCAAAGGGACACCUUGAAUAAACUUAGAAUUAGACAGAGGGUGUAGUAUAGAUCUGCCUGGAUUCUAAAUUGCUGCCAAUAUGUGAUUGUCCAUUUCUUGAACGUUUCCCCAAAGCUGUGUUUCUCUUCCCUCGUAGGCGAAGGCGGGACUUGAGUGGACAGAUUGGCUUGCGGGAUCUGCUUUUGGUUUGGUUUGGCUUUUAGUGAUAACUUGAAGGCCAGCCAUCCAGAGGCUGGUCAGCAAAAGACCUAAGCCCAGACAUUAUGGGCCCCCAAAUCAUUAUUGUUUCCUCCCAAUCUUUCUUCAUUUCCAUUUCUUCAUUCACAAGAUAAUUAAGGAGAGGUCUUUUUGUUGCUGCCAUGGUUAAACAGCUAGGGGCUGGGAAUCCUUGCCAGACACCAGUAGAUCCAGAUCUGUCUUCUUCCCACUCAGGGCUGUUCCAAGUGCUUCAGCAAGCUUCCAGGUUGGCUCUGCAGUCCUGAUCUCAUUGCCGCCCUGACCAGCCCCAUCCAGGUAUGCUGCAGUGACGCUGGGGUCAAGAGGACAGCUUUGCCAUUCCAGUUCACCACACAGGCCACCACUGCAAUGGAGAAUUCACUUUCAGUUAUUCCCCAAUGCCCUUCUUGGUAUUUUAUGCCCAGGCCCUCUUAGUAUGUCUUUAGGAUGUUUGAGAAGGGCAGUGCAUCCAUUUGUAUCAUGACCGCUGAAAUGAACAAUUGGCUAAGGAGCACAGUCUGUAGCGCUUGCUAGCCACCAUUUGCAUGAGGUUUAUGCCUUUGGGAUCUCUACAGUCGACAGGGUCAGUGAUUGUAUCUGGCAGUGCCUUGGAGCCAUUCAUCAACAGAAUACUCUGCUGGAUGCAUGCAUCCCACACCACAAGAUCCUGACUAGUAACUAGCCUCGAAUCCAUUUCAAGCCAAUUGCUUAAUAUUGGGAAGAAUGUCUCAGUUCAUUCUGAUUCCCCGUAAGGGUGGAAUAACUUUCUCGGAGGGGUCCUUCUUGGCUCCGGUUAGUAUAUGUGUUCAGCAGCGGGAGGUGCCAGAGUUCAGAAUACUCGGUUGAUCUGCCUGUAACUCUAUCCACUUGGCCAUUCCCCCCCCCCCCCAAGUUAACUCAAUUGUUCUUAACACCGCUUCUAAAAGUGCCAGCCAAUUCUGGAUUUGCUGUGCUAGCAACUAAGCACGAUGGAUUCAAAGUAAUAACAGCUGCACCACAACACAGCAUCGCAGACCAAGAUGCUUGUACGUACGGAUGAAAAAAGCGUUGCCGCGUUGCCAAAAAGCAUGUUGAGGCUAGAUGCAGUCACUCGAAGGCUGUUUUGACAAGCAAGACUUACCAAGUCAGUGGAUUCUUUUCGCAUUCCCCCCAUGUAACUAGGAAGUGACCUUCUACCAAGCAGGUGCAUCUACUCAGUAUUGGCAAUACUGACUGGCAGUGACACUCUCUCUAGGGUUUCAGGCAGGGGUCUUUCCCAGCCCCAGCUGCAGAUAUCAAGACGGAACAUGGAAUCUCCAUGCAAAGCCGAUUCUCUCCUCCUGAGCGACAUCCAUUUGUCUCUUAAAUGAAAAACCUACAUCGAUGAGACUAGUCUUACCCAACCUGGUGUCCUCCAGAUGUUUCAAAUUGAAACUCACAUCAUCCCUGACCAUUAGCCAUGCUAACUGAGUAUUGAGUAUUGAGAAGGCCCCUGGGAUGACUGCCCCACUUCAGAUGGUAGGAAUACUUGCAGGAUGUCCUCCAUUGAAGUUCUUCAUGAUGAUGAUGAUUUGUUUAUACCCCGCUCAUCUGCCUGGGUUUCCCCAGCUACUCUGGGCAGCUCCCAACAAAAUAUUAAAAACACGACAAAGCAUCAAACAUUAAAAUUUUUCCUAAACAGGGCUGCCUUCAGAUGUCUUCUAAUAGUCAGAUAGUUGUUUAUUUCCUUGACAUCUGAUGGGAGGGCAUUCCAUAGGGCGGGCGCCACUACUGAGAAGGCCCUCUGCCUGGUUCCCUGCAGCUUCACUUCUUGCAGUGAGGGAACUGCCAGAAGGCCCUCGGCGCUGGACCUCAGUACUCGGGCUGAACGAUGGGUGUGGAGAUGCUCCUUCAGGUAUACCGGGUUGAAGCCGUUUAGGGCUUUCAAGGUCAGCACCAACACUUUGAACUGUGCUAGGAAACAUACUGGGAGCCAAUGCAGGUCUUUCAGGACUGGUGUUAUGUGGUCUCGGCGGCCGCUCCCAGUCACCAGUUUAGCUGCCGCUAGACUGUACGUAUGGAGGUAUAGGUGGUCUUUCAAGUACUACAGUCUUAGCUGUGAAGGACCUGAAAAGGUUAAAUCCAGCACUUUUGAAUUGUAGAGUUGGAAAGGGCCCCCAAGGGCCAUCUAGUCCAACCCUCUGCAGUUCAGGUCCAAUGCAAUCAGCAUGGCAUAAUAGCUUCUGUAUCCUUCAGUAACCCUUAGUAACCCUUAGUAACAGCCUUCAAAGGCACUCCCAUGUAUAAUACAUUGCAGUAGUCUAACUUGGGGGUUCCCAGAGCAAAUGAGGCCAAGCUUUCUCUGUCCUAACAUACCAGCUGGUGAAAAUUACUUUGUGCUAUGGAAUCAGCUUGUGCCUAGAGUGUCAAAGACGAAGGAAGGAAGACCGCCUUUUUAUUAUUACUAUUUCAAAAACCUGCAAAACCCAUUUGGCUCGGAGCCAAAAAUGGACAAAAGGAAUGAAUGCAUACACCAUGAGAGAAGGCGGUUUUCCGCUCCCAUCUGUGUCCUGCUUUAGGAUUGUGGUGUUGAUUGCCAGCUAAGGUUGCCACCCCCAGACCAGUCUUCCUUGGAACAAAUUGUCUUGGCCCUCUUCUCCUCUUGUGAAGCCAGUCACCGCUAUGUUGUCAAGCACCAUUUCAAAUAUGAAUUUCUAAGAAAAGAUCUUAAAAAAAAUGUUAUCUCUCAUCCGGAUAAGUAGAGCUUAUUUUUCUUCUGUUUUAUCCACCAGACACCCAGACAUCUAAAUUUAUCUAGCAGGAUUAUGCCUUUUUACAGUCAUCUCUCAUUUUCAGCCUAUGAAACUUCACCUCAUAUUUCACUGCAUCAUUCUUUCAAGAAACAUUUGCACAUGGGUGGAGCUGGAGAAACUCAAACCAGGAUAACAAUCCAGGCUUCUUCCUUAUUUAUCUCCCGCAAUGUGCUUUCCCCUGUGCCUAAUUUGUCUUUUUCAGUUACUCCCUCAUUUUCCCAAAGCUUGCCAGCAACUAUUAUGAGACUUUGGAACACGAACUAAAGAGACCCAUAUUUCUGGAUAGAAGGCUCUUUUAAAAAAAAAACCGCUAAGUACACUGAAAGUCUUGUCGUACAGAGAAUCAUUUUUGGCAGGGGCAUUACGAGUGAUGUUCUAUAAUCUAAGGCUUGCAAUUGUUGCCAGCUUUUUAGCCAGCCUCUCUAGCUAUGCCUUUUUUUGUGCAGGCAUUCGAAGGAGAUAAGUGAUAAUGGUUGAUCAGUGAAAAGGCACAGGGACAAAGUUGUUCUUGGUUAGUUGGCAACCCUAAGCUCUAGAGAACCAUAAAAUGCCGUGAUUAUUUUAUAGGAAGAUUGAGGCUCCUCCAGAGAUCUUUUUUGUGUGCAUUCAUGAUGAUUUGUGCUCAUGGUGCUAUUGGGGCGGUCACACUCAAUCCAGCUUUCAGUACUGUUGGCUCCUGCAAAAGUUUUGGGGUAGUCAUACUGCUUGUUUUUCCAAUCAGUGCAUAUCCCAUAAUGACCUGCUGAAAUCUCAUAACUAACUUGUUUGUUUGUUUGUUCUCAGGGCAGUUCACAGAACAAAAUCAAAAUAUAAAUAUAUAUAAUAAAUAUAAAUAUAAAACCAAAAAAUAUAUAAUCAAAAUAAAAACAACCAAAUAACCCCACCCCCACCCCCAAAAGCCCCCCAAAACCAGUGGUACCUGGUUACAAACUUAAUUUGUUCCGGAGGUCUGUUCUUAACCUGAAACCGUUCUUAACCUGAGGUACCACUUUAGCUAAUGGGGCCUCUUGCUGCCGCUGCGCCACCGGCACACAAUUUCUGUUUUCAUCCUGAGGUAAAGUUCUUAACCCAAGGUACUACUUUCGGGUUAGCAGAGUCUGUAACCCAAAGUGUUUGUAACCCAAGGUACCACUGUAUUUUAAAAGGGCGUAGGAUGUCAAUCAAAUCAUCUCAAGGCCUGGUAAAAAAGGAACAUUUUACCUUGCGCCCAAAGGUGUAUAAUGAAGGCGCCAGGUGAACUUUCUUGGGGAGAGCAUUCCACAGACAGGGAGCCAUUGCAGAAAAGGCCCAUUCUCAUGUUGCCACCCUCCGGUUCUCUUGAGGAUUUUAAUAACACAAACGUUUUGGUUUAUAUUUGUACUGCUUUUAUUGUGCUAUUCUUUUGUUUGUUUGUUUGUUUGUUUGUUCUAUCUGCAAUUAUUUUAACCAAAUAAAGCACAAACAUGCAUUAAAACCAGCAUUUAAAAAUAUAUAAUUUUAAAAACUCGAUUAAAACACCCCACCCACAUGAAAAGGCCAUAGAUAAUUAAAAGCCAAAGGGAUGUUUUUGCUUGGCGCCUAAAGAUAUGUAAUGAUGGCACCAGGUAAGAGCCUUCCAUAAGCAGGGAGCUACAUCAAAGAGAGUGGCAUUGCAAAGGAGCAGAUGAGAUUUAGAGCUUUCGCAAAGGAAAAGGGAACAUUAAAUGCAACUUGUUGCUGUGGCAUCAAAGCAAAACUGUUGCAAUGGGUGGCCUGGCAUUCGCUGGUGAGGAUUAGCUUUGCGUAAUUGAUAUCGUAUGAGGGAUAGAGUAGGGUAGGCCCCCCCCCCGGCCCCACCACCCACGUUCUGGAAAGAUCUGAAGCAAGGGACAUGUUGUGUAUGUGUAUGUAGGACCCUGCAGGACCAGGGUUCAAAAAUGCUUGGGGAGUUGAUAUAGAAGGUCCUCCCCAUCGCCUGUCCCAUUCCCCCACACUUUCAGAUUUUGUAUUGAUAGCGAGGGUCAGCAGGAAUGAGAGCAGUGAAUACAGGCUUGCUCUCUCCUUCAUGUGAGGGUAAAUCACACGAGCGAAUAAGCUGCUUGAAUACGGAAGGGCUGUGCGAUGUCUGUACUACAGAUGCACUGUACUUCUGCCAGCUUGCUCCCUCUAUACGUCCAUAGACACACACAAAUAUAUUUCCUGUUAAAGGGGGGGGGGGCGAGGAGAGAGAAAAGGCUGCACUGCUUUCAAGGGCAGACUGGCACCUCCGUGUAUAAUCUUUGACAUGCAGAAGAAUUUCUGCCAGGUCUGAGGAAAUGGAUUUUGGAGCCUGGAAAAAUUCCUUGGGGGUGGGGGAGAGGGACAAUGACAGGGCCGAUUAUGAAGUCGGCAUUCCACGGUAUCCAUUUCUCUAGAAUAUUUCCUUUUAGGACAACUUCAUUUUUGGCGCCACCAGUACAUUUUUCUCCUUCUUUAAAUACAGAGUCACACUGGAUCAUUUUCUGAAGAUUAAAGGCAGGAAUUUGUUACGUUUUUGAGCACAAUUAUCGGAGUAUUUGUGCCAUGUAAACUUAGAAGUGUUCUCUGUUCUUCACCUUUUUAAAAGACCAACAUUACGUUUGAAUUAAUUUUUAUAGGCCCUUUUCUCAAUGGGCCUGCCCUCUCAUGAAUGAACAGCAGAGCAAGAUUGCAGCAAAGAUCUACAAAGUAUAGCAGCAAAGAUGUGGAAACUAGGACCACAUUCUCAAAAGAACUCUUAGGUCUUUCUGGGUACAGAGCGCCUAUAAAAAUGAGCUUGGAUAUCAAGUCACUAGUGUAUUGCAAUCUCAUGAAUGCUCAGUUUAUGUUUCCUUGUUUAUCUUGCAGCAAAACAAAUUCUUCAACAACCAGAACUAAGACAGCACUGUGUUUCUUUAUCUUAACCUCCUACCAAGAUAAUAUAGCUUUAAAUGUGUCAUUUAUCAUCACAUACUUUAAGCAAGUAUCUUAUCACAGUGAAAGAUGGAUGCUCAGUUCCUUUCUAAGUAUAAAUGCGCUUUGGACACUUGGCUGGCUUACGGUCUUGAUCUAUCCAAUUAAUCUUUACAUUUUAGAACCAGAAAUGAGAACAUGGGUAUGAGAACAUCUAGGAAAAGUGCUGGCCAUUGUUUAGAGAGCACCAAUCACCAUUCUUAAUGCCAUUCCUCUUCUGGAAUAAUCCCUGUUCUUUGCCAUUAUCAUAACUGAGUUGUUCCUUGUUGGUUGACCCAUCCUAGCUGCUUCUCAUUCUACGGAGCUGUGAUCACUGGUUUGCCAAGGUUAACACGUUCAUGUGGUUACAGAGCUUAAUAUGAUACAGGGCUUAGUCUCUGGGAUCUAUUUUCAAUUCUUGAAACGAGCUGUGUUGUUUUAAUAAUAGCAAAUGAAGAGCACCUUCCCUUUCCUAGCCCUUGCCCACAUAUUUUGGAAGAGAUGUUCAAAUUGCAAAGCAUGACUUCCAAGAAAAUCUGGGCCUCUGCGCCCAUAACUAUGUGAAGACAUAUGGCAUGAGCAGAAUUAAACCUUAACACAAGCUACUCACUUUAAGCCUCUGCAUUCUGUAUAUCUGUGUUUCCUUUUCUGCACAUUCCAUCUGACAAAGUCUAUAGAACAGUAGCAUAGGAAGCUGCCUUAUACUGAAUCAGACCAUUGGCCCACCUAACAUGGGAUUAUCGACUGACGUCACUUCUCUGUGAUUUUAGGCAGCAGUUUCCCUCACCCCUAUCUGGAAAUGCCAGGGAAAUGCAGAGCUGAGCUACGGAAUGCUAUGCUGGAGUAUAGUCUAUCGCUUUCCAUUUGUGACAUGUAAACAUCUGCCUUGUAGUCAGUGGAAUUCUAACAAAUAUUUCAAUCUAGUUAAUAUAUGGCCCUAAUGGAACAAAGUUUUAUCCCCUGUCACACAUCGAAAUUCAUGACAGAACAGCAAAUACGCCUGUACUUGAUUGGCCAGGGAAUUCCCAAUGAGAAUUUGUGGGCUACAGUGGUACCUCAGGUUAAGUACUUAAUUCGUUCCGCAGGUCCGUUCUUAACCUGAAGCACGACUUUAGCUAAUGGGGCCUCCUGCUGCUGCCGCGCCGCCGGAGCAUGAUUUCUGUUCUCAUCCUGAAGCAAAGUUCUUAACCCGAGGUACUAUUUCGGGGUUAACGGAGUCUGUAACCUGAAGCAAAUGUAACCUGAAUCGUAUGUGUCAGGGAACUGCCAUCAGUGCCGGAGGGAGAGAGCAAAAGCCAGAGGGAUUCCAGAGAGCGUCCAGGGAUUGGGAGAAGCAGCCCAUCUUCUGGGGAAGAGAAUCAGCGUAGCACCAGUGGAGAAGGGGGCAGAUGGGGGAAGCAGCGAGGCGGUCCCAUGACUCCUUGCCUGGGACCAGCGGGGAGAGUAGGGGUCCUCCGUUGCCCACGCCCUCCUUGCGCAGAAGGCUUUCGCGCAGAGAGAGUAGGAGGAGACUAGGCGUCAAAGAGCUUCUUUGCUGGAAGAAGUUUAAGAAACGCCCACUGACGGAUUCUGCCAGCGAUUGAGUCAGCCACGGUAGAGUGGCUGUCCGGACAGAAAAGGUUCACUUAGGCAACCCAGCCAGGUGUUUGCACCCAGCCAGGGAGAUAAGCACCGGCUUACGCACGAGCAACCCCUAGAACCAUUACAGUAUAUAACCCAAGGUACCACUGUAUAUGCAAAAGUCACCUCCAUGCUGUAUGGAGAAGCUCAUUCAGGCGCUGAUUCAAGUGUGGUACAGGGAUCCGAAAAUCAACAGUGACUGUUCGAAACUAGCAAACUUCAUGCCAAACCGUGUUCAACUGCUGCUUAAAAAUAGUGGAGGUCAUAUCUGUUACUAAUGUACGUAUAUGUGAGAUUUGUACAUGUAUAUGUGAGUUUUGUACAAUAAACUACAUUGUUUGUUUCAAUUAAUUUGCACAAGGGUGUAGGUCAAGAAAAGGCAUGUAUGGUGGUUCAGUCUGAGGAUAUAUCCAGAACACCAUCUGCUCUGGUUUUGUGGCAUGAAUUUUGGUUGCUGUAGCCUCAGAAAGUAUGGAGGAAUAUGAUCUUUUUAAUGUUGGCUCCAUUCUUUGCUCUUCAUGGAACCAUCAUGCAUCAAAGAAAUGGGGAUUGCCUGGCCUCAUGCUCAUUUUCUUAUCCAUUGAGUUUAUGCUGCUUGAACUGUUACACUUGUAUACCACCCUGGAAUCAGCAAUGAAAAUAACAGCAUCUUCUUUGUUUUUCAGGUGUCCAUCAGCCAGCAACCAUCAGGAAGAGGUGUGCCAUGUUUAAGAUGCAGAGGGAUGUGCAGUGGCUUUGAGCCACAUUCUUGGAGGUAGUGCCUUUAAUACUUGAUUCUGCUUUUCCGCUUUGGUUGUUGUUCAUGUUCUGACUUGUCUUCUGAUUUUGUGCAGCUGUGAACAGACUAAAUGCCAUUUGUGCUUUGCAGUGGAUAGAAAGACCUGCACCCAAUAAGAUCAAUAAUGGUUUUGUUACUGAUUUUCAUUGUGAUUUUACAGUUAAAUUAACAUGGAGGUUGCCAUAGAUACAGAAAAAGAUGCAAAGCACUUUUCCCCCAAGUACUCAAAAGCAGCCUGGCUUUCAUUUCACAAGCACUCAAGAGAGUUUUGCAUACACUCAGUAAUUCUUGCAACAACGUUGAAAGGUAGUCCAGCACUGUUCUCUUCCUAUAUAGAUGAUGGAGUUAAGGAUGUUAGAAAGCAGUCGCUCCUCCACAUGCAGCUGCUGGGUGACCUUCAGCUAGUCACACUUCUCUGAAGUCUCUCAGCCUCACUCACCUCACAGAGUGUUUGUUGUGGGGGAAGAAGGGAAAGGAGAUUGUUAGCCGCUUUGAGACUCCUUAGGGUAGUGAUAAGGCGGGAUAUGAAAUCCAAACUCUUCUUCUUCUUCUAGAAGCAAGCCUGCUUAGAAAGCCAUCUUUUGCGGGAAGAAAAUAUUUAUUGACCUUUAGUAAGCCAUUGCUAGCACCAAAUUAAAACUCAACUGAGUAGACUGUUCAAAUAUUGCUCAGCUGUUAAAAUGAGUUACACCAAAGUUCCUUCAGUUUUUCAGACGUGUAGGAUUCAGAGUCUCAACUGGUUAAUCUUGAGCUUGCUGCUUUUGUUCCCCAUCAAAAGGUCAGCCUAUAUAAUUGUGUCCCUGACUCUUUUGGCCCUUCCAUUCCAGUCAAAGGACACCAUUCUUUCAGCGGUGAUGUCAUCUUUUAAAAAUGCCACAUUCCUUGAAGUCUCCACUCUCGAGGGAACAGUUUGGAAAGACUCAAGUGACCCGUUUGAAUGCAAAUAGUCAAGGCUUUUUGAUAUAUCUGCCCGGCCAGCGUUCGCAUAAGCUAUCAGGCAUGUAGUGAAUCUGGUCUGUUUUGGUUUUGGUGGGAAAACAUUUUCAGACCAGUGAUCCAAGACACACAUAAAAAUGCAGCAGCCCUUCCUGCCCGCUUUUUAAUCUUACUCAGUCGCAGAUAGGCUUUCUCCCACAAUUAGGACAUCUUUUUGCGGCAGGCUGGCAAUGAAAACAUUGCUCAAAUCUGGACCCACUUUAUGAUUCCUCCAUCUGUGCAUUGUACUUCUCUCUUGUUUAUGCAAAAAAAAUUGCUGGAUUUCUCUCCUCCUUCCCCAUUUUUUUAUAUUAUUAUUGUGCCAUAGAUAUUCAUGGCUUGAACUCACACUUCCAGUUCACCACUAAGGCAAAGAGCUGGGAGAGUAUUCCUUCUCCUCACAUCAAAGAUAUGCAGGGACUUUUAUUUACCAUAUUUACUCAAAUCUAAUGCUCAUCUUUUUUGGCCCAAUUAUGUUGCAAAAAUUAAGGUGCACGUUAGAUUCCAGGGCGCAUUUACAUUCGCCAGGAAAUCCUUUACUUAUUUCAAGGUUCUGAAAACUGAGGUGCGCAUUAGAUUCGAUGGCGCAUUAGACUUAAGUAAAUAUGGUAUUUAUUUUGGUCCUGUUUUAGGUACUGUCAACCACAUUCCACUCUUCUGGGUGGGGAGCAAUCUGAUUAUUCUGUACUGCAGCCAGUGCAAGUAGAUAAAUAGAUACCGCUGUGGCUGGAAGGUAAACGGCAUUUCCAUGCGCUCUGGUUUGUGUCACGGUGUUCCAUUGCACCAGCAGCAGUUUAGUCAUGCUGGCCACAUGACCCAGAAAGCUGUCUGUGGACAACGCCGGCUCCCUUGGCCUGAAAGCGAGAUGAGCACUGCAACCCCAUAGUCACCUUUGACUGUACUUAACCGUCCAGGGGUCUUUCACCUUUACCUUUUAGUACGAUAGAGCAUCAUAAUACAGAGAGGUUUUCAAGAUGCUAGUCUUCUCUGGCUUUUUUCCCUUUAGCAUCUACUCAGACUUCCUUGAGUAUAGCUUCCUCCAAAUUCUGCUCUGUGCAAGAAAUCAUAGAAAAUUCAGUGCCAAAUAUUUGCAUUACCUACAAGUGAUAUAUCAUUGAAAAAAGAUGAAUUUCGUUUCAUCAAAAAUCUUUUUUUUUUUUUUACCAUGUGUACUACUUUUGAGAUGUGGUUUCAGAAAAGCUUUUAAAAGGAGUGAUCUGGAUUAGAGCUGUUGGGAUAUUGGUUCCAUUUGCUACAAGCAAUAGUGCCAAUAUAUCAUCCUACCCACACAAAAACACAUGCUCUGCUUCCCUUACAUUAAGGCUACUGUGAAGCCAGGAAACACUUUUUAAGAACCAUGAUGGUGUUACCUGCUGUUAAUGCAAUGGUCUGCAAAUAUAUAAAAUCUGAAAGAAUAUAGUCUCUGGCUUAUGAUCUGCAAAGCAAAGGAAUAUAAAAUUUUAAGACAGUUUGGAUCCAAGUUCCCAUGCCAAGUAUGCUAUAAAUCUGCUGCUGUCUGGGUUGCAUCUUUUCUUCCCAAAUGCUUUAGCUACUUGGGAAUAAUCAUAGUAUUGUGACUAGGGCAGAGUGGGAGAACACAUGCACAAGGUUCCCAGGGGUCAGUCCCUGGCAUUUCCUGUGAUCCAUUCCACCCUUUGACCCAAGCGUUUCCAAGGCAAUCUAUUAAAAUACACAGAUCAAUAUACAAAGCCAGCAAUCUAUACAGUGGUGCCCCGCAAGACGAAUGCCUCGCAAGACGGAAAAACCGCUAGACGAAAGGGUUUUCCGUUUUGAAGUUGCUUCGCAGGACGAAUUCCCCUAUGGGCUUGCUUCGCAAGACGAAAAUACCUUGCGAGUCUUGAGGUUUUUUUCCCGCUUUCCCCCCCCUUUAUCUAAUCUGCUAAGCCUUUAAUAGCCUUUAAUAGCCUUUUAGCAGCUAAUCCCCUAAGCCUUUAAGCCUUUAAUAGCCGCUAAACCGCUAAUAGCGCUAAUAGCGCUAAUCCGUCAAUGGGCUUGCUUCGCAAGACGAAAAAACCGCUAGACGAAGACUCUCGUGGAACGGAUUAAUUUCGUCUUGCGAGGCACCACUGUACAACCAAUACAUGAAAUCACUCUCUAACCAAUAAGCUUGCAAAGAACCCAGCCUGAGACCACUUCCAGUCAGGUUAGAGAUCCCUGGCCUAGAUCCUAUAAUAUUUGCAGUGCUGUAUUCUGUAAUAUCUGGUCCUGUAAUCUGUUAGCCAAGCUUCAAAAUGAUUGCCACCAGUAUGACAGGCUGUGCAUUAAAUGACAUCUCAAUAUUUAGGUCUGUGCAUUUCUAGAGACAUUGUUGAGAGAGAAGAGCCCAACUCCUCAAGCAGAUUGAUUUUAGUGAGGUUCAGUAAGUUGGGUGGUGGCGAAGCAUCAGCACUUCUUUCCACUGCUACUUGCCAGGAUGACAAUGGGACAAGGUAAGGUGGCAAUGUGGACAUGGAAGCUCCAGCGGCACCUGCAUCAUGCCACCACAGAUCUGGAGCUUCUCUAAGCUUAUCACCCUUUCACCCUCCAUAUCCCUACCUUGGCAAAUAAUAGCACCACCAGCCCUGUUCAUUCUUUUCACGUACUGCUCUGCUAAGGUCAGAACUGGAGACAACGAUUUCCAGGGAGAGGUGCCUGCAGAUAGGGAUAUCUAUGCUUUUAAACAGUCUGCCUCACACUCUUUGCCUUUUUAAAGAACCUAUUUAGGACAAAGAAUGACUUUUGUAGACUGGAAUUUGUAGAAAGACAUUGAAAUAGUUUCUCAGUUCUCUGCAGUGGUUCCCCCUCACCCAAGCCUCCGCAUGCUUUUUAUAAUUUAAAAUUCUUUCUUUCUUUUUUUCAUAAAUGACAUGUAAUCACACUGACUUAAUGCUCCUUGGGGAGUAGAAGAGAUCAGGGAUCCUAAAAAGAAAGCAUUUGCCCUCACGCUGUAAUCCUAGUACUCCUUCUGAAUUGAACUUUGGCAAGGCCGGUUGAAAACAGACAUUCUUCUGUGGCAUCAGCCAAUUGGAGAAGAGCAACCACAUGACUGGUUUUUAUGUGCACAACAGGGGGAAGAGGGCAGGAUGCCAAAGUAAUUAUACUUGACUUACCAUCCAGCAUCCUUUUAUGCUUCAUGUGGAUUUAUGCACUGUAAUACCUUUCCCUACAUCUGCGAGAGACUGGCUUCCAGAUCUAAUUAUUUCAACACAGUUUAAUAAACCCUGUUCUCCUUAUUUGCUAUCAAGAUGGGGGCUAUUUAGCAAACUAUUAAGUAUAUUCCAUUCACUUUCCUCCUACUGGGCACAGCAAUGUCAUUUUUUGUUUGGCUCUGGAAAGGCUCUUGAAAUUAUUUUCUGAAAAUUACUCUUUUAUCACUGCCGAAAAUCUAUUUGUGUGUUCACUGUCUGUUUUGUUUGAAAUCUGAGCUGGGUUCAUAUUUUUAUUGUGGUUCCACACAAAGCAUAGCCUUUGAAGAAUCUCUUCAAAUGGACUCCAUCCUGGAACGUUGCAUCUAACUCAUUAGUGGAUAAUUGUGGACAUUAACUGUAAAUGUUCCUCUAGAGGCUAGAAUGACCUUGGUUUGUAUAAUUCCAAAGGGAGAAAUGGAUGCUUAUAAAAACAAGGUGGCAGGGCUGGACCAAUACUUUUUGGUGCCUCAGGAAAACCCCCCAAAUGAUGCCUUCCCCACCAGGGAAUAAGGGGCGAGUGAAGAACUACAUCAUGAACAAGUACAGAAUAAAGACUGAUGUCAAGAUCUGCUGCCCCUGUUGAUCCUUCUGUCUGAGGCGUCAUCUCACCUUUCCUCAUGGGUGGGGCAGUCCUGCUAAGAGGAGAUAAUGGAUGAAAAUUCAACACAGCCUUUCCACUUGGAGAGCAGUUCUUGAUACAACAAAUGUGUCCAGUAGCAUAAGAGGUGACAUUUGCUGAUUUUACACCUCCCCAUCUCAUGCAACUCCCUGCAGUUCAAUAAUUUCCCUCAAUUAGUGUGUAUUUUGCAUACAUAUAGAUUUGAAAGCCUUUCUGUUGCGUUGCCCUUAAAUCUCUUUUCACCCUUACUUUAAGAUCUCGAGUAUCUGAUUGAAUAUAUGUUUAUGUGUGUUCACUCACCCUUCCUACCACUUUGCAUUCCAGCUGCUUCCAUUGCCCAGAGCUCCCUAGUAAAUGAGGGGAUUGCUUAAACUUCAAGGAACCAAAGGGAGCACUUGGGUGCAAUUGUGUCAACGGCCCACCAUGCUUCUCUAUUCCAUAGGAAGACUCGGGCCUCAGAAUUGCCAGCACUGGCUAUUGGCAAAUCCCCCAGAGCUUUCAGAAUCCCUUAGACCCCAUAGGUCUCUGGGGUUGGACUCCCAACCCUACAGCAGUAGAUUGGUACUGCUUUACCAGGGUAUUAAGAAUAAGAAUAUUUUAGAGAAGAGAAGGAAAUAAAACAAAGACUUUGAAUACAAUGCCAGAAGUGUAGAAAGAGGAUAUGUGUGUUAUUGUACUACAAGCGCUCCUGUCUUAUUUUUAUGUCAAGGCAACUGAGAGAUUCUAGCUGAACUGCCUCACUGUAAAGAGGAAAGCAGACACAAUGCAUCUUGUGGAGCUGGUGCCCCAAACUGCAUUCCCGUAUCAAGGUUCUCCUUUCUCCACAAUGUGUAGUGUUGCUAGCCUUGUGACCUCACUGUGCGACCUCACUGACUAUGGCAUAUUGCUCAGCCGCUUCCAGUGUCAGCCAAUGAUAAGGAGCAGAGAAACCUAUUUAUGUGACCACAUCACUGUGAGGGAUCAGAAAUGCUGCUAUCGCAGAGACGGGAACUAACUUAAAAUGGAGGAGGUCUGUUGGUGGCAGACCCGUGACAUGAUUUUAAAAUAUGUGAUUCGUUGCGCAGAUUAUGCAGCACUAUGCCACAGAGCAUACCCUCGACAGAGCUUCAAGUCCCUGGCAUGUGUAUUUGUAUGCUUAGACGUAUUGUAGAUGACUGUUUUAUAUUGUGGGGAUGGUGGUUUGCCUCUGUUUUAGAAUCAGCCGUGUACUGUGAAUGCAAACAUGUUGCUGUUUUUAUUUCUUAUGUCCCAAUACUUCAUCUCACAAGAGCCCAGAGCAGCUAAGAACAAAUAUACAGCCUUUAAAGCAAAGUUAAGGCAUAGUACAAAGCACAGCAGACCUUUAAUUAUAGAAAUGCAUGUACAAAAGCAAGUGAGUUAAUUUUUUAUUAAAAAGUAUUUCUAAGCCACUUCGUGCUUUCAAAGAUUCUAAGCUGCAUACAGUGGACCAACGGUACAAGGCCCAGUCACAUAGAUCAAGGGAAGUCUGUGAUGUUGUUCUUAUUGUGCCCCAAAGGCCUGUUGGAUAAGAGUUCUAUCCAAUAGGGCCAGUUGCCAUGUGAAUACUCCCAAAUAUAACCCUGCUCCCAAAUAUAACAAUUUCCAUGCUUUAUAUUCUUAAGAAACUGGGGCAAGGGGAAAUAGCACAGAGACUCAAGAGGCCUAUAGAUAUCACAACAGGAUGUAUUGAGGGGGGGUCUUUGUUUGACAUAACCUACACUGACUAAACAUUCAAGUCUGUAUGUUUUGAUCUUACCUCAUCCUAGGAUGUGUUGCAGUGAUACACUAAUGACAAACUCAUUCAUGCCAUAGAGCUCUGAACCACCCUCAUUCUCCCAUUGUAGUCUUCCAGUAAAGGAGGAGAAAUGUUUAAGAGCAGGGUAACAAUACUAUUAUAUUUCCCUGAAUUAGUAAUUUACAGCUUAAUCUUAUCAAUUUGCAGCCAAGACUCUCGUAUGUUCUGUUUCACCCACCCCAUCUUAUAAACUGAAAUUUCCACAAUCUUUUUAUUUUUAUUUUAUUUUAUUUAGUCUUGACUUCAAAGAAUCUUACGCCCAUAUUUCCUGUGCAACUCUGCAAUAAGCUAUUUACAUAUAUCAGAUGCCUUUAAACCUAGCUGCCAAGGCAAUGCACUCAAAAACGACUUUGCUGCUUGAAUCCAAAUCCCUUGAAAUCAUAUGUUUAGCUUUGGAAUCAGGGCAGUGGAAAAAAUUGUGAAUGUAUUCUUAUAUAAAAUAUUAGAAAAUAAUGCACCUUGCGUGAUAACACUGGGUUUGUACAUGGAUAUUGAAGACUCGGGUGUUCUUUUCCAAUUUGGAAGAAAGGAGGGAUAUAAAUGCAUUAAAUAAACAAAGCAGUGAGACUCAUGUCCUCAUCUCUCAGGUGAUUCUUUCCAAAAUUGUGUAACUGACUAGCUGCAUUCACAGCAGCUUAGAAGUAACACUUGGUCAUUGUGCCCUGAGGCUGAUUCUCCAGGGUCUCUGCAGUGUGGGUUUUUACAGUUUUAUAUUCCACACCAUGGCAAAUUCCAUUAGUCUGCAGCUUACAAACUGAGUUCUUGCCAACAAAGGUCUUUUGUCCUACGCCAUGAUCCAUUUCAAUAUUUAACCUUCAGUGUUUUUGAAAGUUCAUUCCUGAGCCUCCAAAAGAGCACAUGCCUGUUUGGGGUUCAGCUUAUAUCAAAGGGUGACCUCAUUUUGUCUCCCACAGGAAAAUAUGCAAGUCAUGUAAAUGCAGCCAGGAAGAUCACAGUCUGAGCUCCGAUGCAGAAGAUGAUCGGAAAAUUGGCCGCUUGCUCUCCGAUUCGAAAUACUCUUCGCUAACUGCCCGGGUGAAAGGAGGUGAUGGUGUUCGCAUCUAUAAAAGGAACCGUAUGAUUAUCACUAAUCCUAUCGUGUCUCGGAAAGAUCCAACAUUUAACACUAUUACAUACGAAUGGGCUCCACCUGGACUGACUCAGAAACUGGUAAGAUCACUCACCUAAUUGUAUGUAAGGACUACUUGAAAUUUUCCAAAACACACAGGGUUUCAAUAGCUGCUAAAGGAUUUAGCAUCUCCACUGUGUGUCCCUUUCCCCCGACCCUGAACCCCCUUUCUCACAUCUUCUUAACUUACUGAUUUUAUAUCCUGCCUUUCUCUCAGCGCAGCACACAAGGUGGGUUUGCCACCUACAUUAAAACAGAUACACCUGAAAACACACCAUGCAGGUGACCCUAUUAAAACAGCACUGGAAAUGCUUAAAACCAUUUAAAAAAACACACAUGCACACAGUGCAAUACCCACCCUCAGGAGACCCUGCCACAACAGUCAGUCAGUGGCCAAAGGCUGUCAGAACAAAAAAGUAUUUGCCUGUCAGUGAAAGGAAAGUAAGAGAGGAGGUCAGCCUAGCCUUCUGUGGGAGUUCCAUUAUCUGGGAGAAGCCACCUAGAAAGCACUCUCUCAUUUUCUCACCCAAUAUGCCUGUGAAGGUGGUGGGACUGAGAGGCCUCCCUAGAAGAACUCAAAGCCCAGGCAGGUUCAUAUAAGGAGAUAUGGUCCUUCAGAUAGCCAGGACCCAAACCAUAUAGGGUUUUGUAGGUCAUAACCAAGACUUUUGAAGCAGCUGCUGUGAGAAACUUAAAGACAGAUGAAUUUUGAAUCAAGACCUGCAGAUCCUUGUCUUGGACUGUUUUUAAUCAUGGUUAAUACAUGGAACUAGAAGCUCAGUUCUAGUAUCAAUCUAUGGUGUUUCAAAAUCUCCUGCAUAGAGGAUGAGUUGCAGUGAUAUCUCACCCUAAGCAAUUUAUUUUUAUUGCCUCCUGGGACCAUUUCUGCUGUUGUAAAGGAGGGAAAACUUGAGAAAGCACCAAAUAGUUAUUUUUUUUACCAGAAAGAUAUCUCUGCUACUUGUUUCUUGAUUAGUAAAUAAUGUUGAGGCAGCACAUUCGCUCAAAAUGUUUCGUGCUGAAAAAUCUAGUAGGAAGGAAUGGCUCUUUUUUGGCUACGUAUGUUGUGCAUUCGGGGGCGGGGGGAUCUGAAGAAUGGUGUGCUUUUCCUCUUUAUAUAUGGCAUGAGGCCUUUGAAUUUUCCCUCCCGAAUUAAUCUGCUGAACAACAUGGAAUUCAGUACUGUAUUAAUUUCGAAGCCCAUGUGAUUAAUAUGUGAUGUUUGGUAGGGUGUAAGAUACAAGAGGAGGAGUUUUCCCCUUCAGUGGUCUAGUUUUCAAGAAGUUGGGAGUAAAUACUAAGAGCUGAAUUCAACUUACUCGGUGCUCCUGCUGACACAGUGGGGCAUUCUCCCCUCCCCUCCUGCACAUGCCCCACACUAGCUCUGGAAGGUCAGAAGACCCCACAAAAUAGCACCUUGGAGGAGGAGGAGAGGGAUCACCCUUCACCUUGCAGAUCACCCAAACCCCACGUUUGUUGCCCUCCUUAAGCCCCACUGCACUGCCACUGCUGUGGGAAGCCAGAAAAUGUAGGCUAUUUUCUCCAGUAGCAGUGGGAGAUUGGAUGGUGGAUAAAGAGGAGAAAUAUUUUCUCCCCUUCAUUCCCCAUCCCUAUGCCAGUGGAGGCAACGACAGGAGAAGCACAGGACAGGUUGAAAAGUCCACACCAACUGAUCCGAUCCUGCCCACCUGACCAGCUCCGUCCACCUCCAUUUUACCUCUUUCUCACCAGCUUUGGCAGCUCGUUUGCUCACCUGUUCAGGCAAACCUUCCUCCACUUACAGCUCAGCCAAACCGCAGCAGAGACAGCUCACAGAGGAACAGGCCAGGCUGUCCGAUCACUCACUUGCCUGACUGCACUGCCCACCUGCUGUCCAGUAGGUGGCCACAUGAACCGCAGCUUGAUGACAGCUUUACAGUUUUAUUAUAUAGUAAGAUACAUAACAUUUAUUUAUUUAUUGCAUUUAUAUCUCACCGUUUCCUCCAAGGAGCUCAGUGUGGUGUAGAUUGUUCUUCCCCCUCCUCAUUUAAUCCCCACAAAAAUCCUGUCCUAUAGGCUUGGUUGAGAGGCCCAAGCUCAGCCAGUGAGCUUCAUGGCGAAGUGGGAAUUUGAACCCUGGACUCCUAGGUUCUGGUCUGACACUCUAACCACUGCAUACAUAACAGAGUAGUCGUUUAUCAAUCUUUACACCUAGAAGCUUAUAAGACAUUAGUUGCUUUCUCCGCUAAACCAUUCAUAUAAAUGGCCUGGACUUCCAAGGCCAGACGUUUUCACCAUGGCCCAGUAUGUUGUCUAUCCUUGACUAGCAUGAAGAGAUGGAGAUGCUCAAGAACAGACAGAGGGCAAUAAGAAGAGCCUUAUGUAAGCAAGUAUCCUAGAGUUGCCUUGGGUGACCUUCUAAAGUUACAGUUCACCUCAAACCUCCCUGUUUGUAAAAGUUCUUUGUCACAUGAAAGGAAUGAAACUGGAAUUCUUGGGAAACCUGUCAAUCUCCUGCAGCAUGCCUCAGUCCCAAAAUAUAUCUGUUGCUCUUGAAAAGAGGGCAAGACACACGGACAAAGUGGUCUGGGAUUGGCCCAGUCCUCUUGGUAACUAAUACGGUGCUCUGGGACUGACUGUGUAAUGUGUAAGAUGGUUCAGUGGAUAAUGACAGCUGAGGUAGGUAGCCCAAGAAUCUAGAAUAAUAAAUCACAAAUGUCCCCCACCUGGCAGUAGUCAAUAGCUGCUUACUCAUUGCAUAUUAUGAGAAUCUUAUUUGGGGUAAUUGGUGGCUAGUUCUGUGAGGUGGAAAGUAAAAGAUUAUUUUCCCAAAUACUGCAAAUGUGAACCUGUUGUUCAGGUUCUGCCUGUAGGCUUCCUAUGGGCACCUGGUUGGCAACUGUGAGAACGGAGUGCUUGGCUAGAUGAGCCUUUGGCCUGGUCUAGCAGGGCUGCUCUUAUGUUCUAAAACACCUUCAAUUUUGACACAACCCUCGGUUUCCAAAUGCACAAACAGUUUACGUUUCUCUGUAGCACAGUUGGAUGGACUGAGAGAGUUUGGGAUAAGAAUUCUACUUUGAAGGUUUGUAAUAUGGAUUGCUACAACACUGGCAUGCAUCCUCAGAUAUGGGUAUGAAUUUAUAUAUGUUUCUAAAAAUGAACAAGAGCAAGUCUUGCAUUCUUCAACAUUUUGAUGGAUCAAAGGCACAGAGUCACUACUUCACUACUUCUCUUCCCUUAAAAUUUCAUAGAUUUGCUUCAGGUGGUCAUUAGGCAUGUUUGCACAUGGUCAUUUCGAACCCGAUCUCCAGUCCUUCCUCAAGUGGGGGCAGUGGCCAAGACAUAGAAUUGGAACUAAUGCUAGUUCUCCUCAGAGUAGACCCACUAAAGUUAACGGACAUAGCUGACAGGUACGUUAAUUUUACUCUAAGUAAAACUCAGUUGGCUGCCACUCUUAGGGCUGUAUUCAACAGCACUAAGGCAGAAGUUCUGUUAGCUGCAAGGAUUUUUCUUGUGCAGUGGAACCUUCUCCCCCUCUCCUCCCCCCAUGCACCCCCUAAAUGUGUAAUGUGGGUUCCCCCAGCCCUCCAGAGCAGAUUUGGAGCUGGCCCAGGGCAUGUACAGGAAGAGGAGGAGACGGAAAGUCCCAUUAAAGUAGGAAUUCUUCCAAAGGCCUCCACUAGCACAGCAAUUUAGUUGAAUACAGCACUGAAGUUUUCUUCGUGUCACUAGGAACAAGUUUUAAUUACUUACAGUGGUACCUCACAAGACGGAAAACUUGCAAAACGAAAGGGUUUUUUGUUUUUUGAGCUGCUUCGCAAGACGAUUUUCCCUAUGGGCUUGCUUCGCAAGACGGAAAUGUCUUGCAAGUUUGUUUCCUUUUUCGUAAAACCGUUAUUACAGUUGUUACUUGACUUCGAGGAGCAACUCAUAGAAUGCGGUGUGGUAGCCUUUUUUGAGGUUUUUGAAGACUUUGGUGAUUUUUGAAGCUUUUCCAAAACUUUUCCGACACCGUGCUUCGCAAGACGAAAAAAAUCGCAAGACGACAAAACUCGCGGAACGAGUUAAUUUCGUCUUGCGAGGCACCACUGUACUUGAGUUGACGAAGUUAUUUAAGCCCUCAAUAAAGUUUCUGUGACCACAAUAAAUACCUUUGUUAUUCUCCUUCUAUAUAUAGGCACGUGAAGCUCAGGAAUUUGAUAUCCUCUCAUUGUGAAAACAAGUAGUGCCUUUUAACUCGAGUACAUUUAUUUAAUGCUUACAGUUUACAUGUUUUGUUUAGAGUUUUAUCUGUGUUUUGGUUGCGUUUUCCUGUGAUCCUUAAAGUUUUGGGUUCUUGUUGACUGUUUAGAUGUUUUUAGUUUCCAUAGGAGGGAAUAACUUUUGACACAGAGAGAGAAUCGGUCUCAUUUAUUCAUUCAAGUGCUCUACUCUAUCCCUCAUGCAUAGCGAUGAAACCUUUCAUAUCCAGCACUUCUGAAAGAUGUCAUGUAACCCAAAGUACAUUCAUAAGGAAUGUGCCAGAUCUAGCCCCCAGCUGCACUUAAAGCACUAUAGCACCACUUGAAGCAGUCAUGGAUUCCCCCAAAUAACCCUGUAAAGUUUUCACUUCCCUCACCAUUCCCCUUAAAGAACUACAGUUCCCUGGGGAAAACGAAUGAUUGUCAAAUCACUCUGAGAAUGCUAGCUCUGUAGGGGUAAUAGGGUCUCCCCACCAACUCUCAGCACCCUCAACAAAUUAUACUUUCCUUUAAAGAAUGACUCUUUAAAGUGGUAUAAUACUGUUUUAAAGCUAUUGUGCAGAUGGGACCAUAUUGUUUGCAACUUGGAAACACAAAUACUACAAUUGAACCAUCGGUGGCUUUGAUAGCAUCAUCUUCUGCAGCAUCUGACUGGAGCCUAACAAGUUCCAAAAUCAGGUCCAGCAUUCCUUUCCAUGCCCAGUAUUUGGACUUGGCCGACUUGAUACAAUUGUGAGAACACAUGAAAAUACAUUCAAGAUAUCUGGAACAGGUUUAGCCAGCAAGAUUUGAUUUAGCUGCGUGCCGUGAUAUCUACACUUUAAAUAAAAAUACUUUUUUCUUCACCUUCAAACUGACUUAGGUUGAUUUCUAAGCUGUUUCCCAGAACUCUGUUCUACAUGCCAAGAGGGAUUUGGAAGCAAAAGUGAUACGAUUCAACAGCUUAAGAGGCAGAGUACACCAAAAAUAAGGACAUUUCCUCAAUGUAAGGUGAUGGAUUAAACUCUGGGUGGCCAAUUUGGUGCCCUCCUGGUCCUGCAGGGCUGGGAAAGGGAAAUAACCUCUGUGAAACAGGCUGCAGACUCCACCUUCAAUUUCCUCUGCCCCCCGCCCUUUUUGUGGUCUACAGCACCCAUUAUCCCUGGCCAUGCUGAGGGUAAAAAGGAAAUUGGUUCAUAAAAUAACUGAAGGAACUAUCUCCUAAAAUAGUGAAAAUAAUUUUCUUUUCAUGAGCUUCUCCCCACCAGCCCAAUACGGUAAAAGCAAGUUGUUUCGGCAUAUGCUUCUGCAUUUGCUUCUCAGUUAUGAGAAGAUUGUGUUGUGCUGCUGGUUUAGCAGAUGUAUGGCGGCAUUCUGUCUGAGAGGAAGAAGACGCCCAUGAUAACCCUCAGUGAGGCAUGCUGGGUAGCCAUUCCCACUUUGGAAGCAUUUGCAUCCAUGUUUGUAUGGACAGUUUGUCCAAACAGGGGUAAAGGCCACGAGUUGCCCAAAUGUGGAUUGGAAUGACUGCUGUCGCACCUAAUCGAUCACUGGUUACAGCAUUUCCUUUCUGGGAAGGAAGGAAGGAAGGAAGGACUGCUUGUGUGGUGUUCACCUUGUUCACUGUGCCCUCUAGUUGCUUUAGGGUUUACUUUCAUCAACCUCAGCCAGCGUAGCCAAUGGUGGAAUUGUAAUCCCAAACAACUAGAAGGGCACCAGUCGGAUGGGGAAGACUGGCAUGGACAAUGUUGAGCUAGUUGACCGUCUGACUUGGGAUGAAGCAGCUUUCUUUUUAAAAUAAAAAACUGACAUAGAUAACGGUUAACAUUUUAAGGCUCAUCCAGACAUGCAUUUGUGCUGCAUUUCAGGCACACACCUACACUUUAAAGCUCCCUGUGAAUUUAUUUCCACAGGCCUGGUUUUAUGCAAUGAAAUGGGCCUGCCUUUCUUUUGUGUGCCAGUUGAUAGCUGUGCUAUACGAACAUUGUACUUAAUCAGUCACAAGAGGCAGAUUUUGCUUGUGUAACUGCACUGGGCAUAUUGUUUAAACAUUUGGGGAACAGAUCUUCUAUUGCAAAGCACUAGUGGGUUAUGUUGCAUGUUUCAAACAAGCAAUACUUUAGCCUGCUGAGGUGUUUAAUAUACACCCUAACAGUUGUGCUGUUCAUUAGGCAAGUGCUGACCAAGGUGGAAAUUAAUUGAACUCUCCUGAAAGCUGGUCUCUAAAAAAAAAACAGUGAAUGGCCAACUUGGCUGCCUAUGAACAAGUCACGCUAUAAGAGGGAAAAGGUCCCUGUCAGAGAAUCUCUCUCUCUUUCCUAAACUCUGUUCCAUAAAGAGAUUAACUGCACUGAAAGUUCUCUGCAUCCUUUUUGCAAAUGUUAAUCUUGAAUGAGACCAGCCUUUCGUCUCCAGCUAUGAAUUAAAAGCCAGUGGCUAACUUGAUUACCGGUACUUACACAUUGCUUUAUGUUAGAUUCGAAACACGGGUCUCCAAAUAAAGUGCAGACUUUUCUCACCCCCCACCCAAUAGCAUUGGACUGUGUGCUUGAGUAAUAAAAUGAGUUGGCUACUGGCCACUGAACUUGGUGGCCACCCCUUGCCACCAGCUCUCCUGUUUGGCACUCAAAAAAGCAGUAGAGAUUGCAGGGGGGGGCAGUGUUCGAAGGUGUAAAGUCAGCAAAGUACUGAUUUAUAAAUUAGCUUACUUAGGUUAACUAAUGGCUUUACAGAAGGGAAAAUGGAAGACCUUCCAGACUGUAUACAACCCUGCAAAAAUUUUCUUUUUGUCCCCCCCCCCCCCAGCACUAAAUUAGAAUCAUUAACAUCUCGCCCAAGUGCUGUUUGUGUGCUACAUGUGGGUUUAUAAGGCAUUGCAGCUGGUGGUUAACUGUUAACAAGCUUGCCUUUCCAUGGCUUUUAGCCAGCUAAAUUUUGGCAACCACUUGAAUGUAAUCUUUCAUAAAUAGGAAGCAUGUCUCCAGGCACAUACUUAAUAUUUGCUAGACACUAGGGAUGCCAAAAAGGUUAAGGGAGAUUGAAGUUUUGGACUUGUGCCUUUGGUUUUUGUGACACCUGAUGUGUGCUGGGGCUCUUUCUUAAUCUGUUGUGUUUCUGGGAUGUCAUUCAAACUUAGGCUGGAGUGGGGCAGAGAUGGGGCAUCUGUGUCCUACCCUAUCUGGCAGGAGCAAGGUAUGUUGUCACCAGGCCAAAAGCAGUGAAAAGGAAACCCUGACUGAUGAUAGAUAGAUAGAUAGAUAUUGCAUAUCUAUUCUGAGUGGUUCAAGACUAGGCCCAAUCCUCCUUACAAGUAUUAUCCCAAAAUCCUCAGGGGGCCUGUUGUGAUGACUUUACGAGACACCUUAAAAGAUAAAGUUGCUCAUAUAUUUGCUUAGACCUUGAUGCCUCAUUUGCAGCAGUGUCUGAGAAUGUUAACAGUAUCAUCUGGUUUGAUUUUAUGGGGUGGGUUACAGUUUCUGUGGUCCAAGGAUGUAGACAAGACUUGUGUUCAGGCAUUCAGCUGAAUACAAAUGUUCGUAUGAGUCACACCCCAAUGUCUCUGCCCACUCAGUUCCUGACCUUCCCCAUGUCUGCAGGCUGAUUAUAUUCAUGUUUGCUUCAUUGUCACCCCAUGUGACUAGAAAUCCUGAUAAGGCAUAACUGUGCCCCAGUGACCUCUCAGUUGGACCACUGUAAUAUGUUAUACAUGGAGCUGCCUUUUGAAGUUAGUCUAGAAGCUUCAGACCUUUGUCAGAGUAAAACUGCUGGAAUUUUGACAUGUACAGCAUAGUUGUAUAUUUUGCAAGUGUUCAAAAUUUUGUGAACCUGUUUUUUUAUCCUCCAGUUGUCUUGUGUGUUUUGUUUUUGGCAAUUUAAUUGUAUAAAACCAGCAAUUUUGCUGAAGAACAGUAUAUAAAUACUUGGGGAAAUGCUUCAAAAAAUAUUUGAAAAUGUGAAAAGCCUUUGACAUGAUACAGCAAGGAUGGAGAACCUGUGGCCUUCUGAAUGUUGUUGGGCUUUGACUCCCAUCAGCCCCAGCCAGCAUUGCCAAAGGCUCAGGAAAAGCAGGACUUGUGAGUCAACAACACCUGGGAGGCUGCACAUUUCCCUCCCCUGUGAUACAGUAUCUCUGCUGCAUGCUCUGUGCAUGGGUAUUGCAUCAUGAAAGGAUGCUCUUGACUUGACUAAACCUGACAUACAGUUUGGCUGCACAAGACUCACAUAAGGUGGCUGUGGUGUGGAACCACUGGGAAAGUCCUUACUGGUUGUCAGUGCUGCCAUUUGGGAUGCAAGUCGUAGCAGAUGACACAGGUGGUGUUGGUGGCAUUGUUUGCCUGACCUCUCAGCUUUGGGAGUGGUAAGGUGGGGGAGCCAAUGUGGUGCUCCUGCCAGCACAUUUGCCCAUCACUGCCCUCCCCACGCCCUUGCCCCUCGUACUCUCCCAGUAAGCAGCAGUGACUCUGCAGCCUCCCAACCCCACCUUUGCUACUGAAUACAAGGGAGAAACCCCAAAUAUCUGAGUCAUCUGCUGUAUUGCAUGGAGAGUGGCUUCCCUAGGAAAAUGGUGGACAAAGUCACAGAGAUGGACAGCCUUUGGCAUUUUUGUUCCUUCUGGCGUCUAUAUGCCACUUGAUGUAUUCACAGGUGGAGAUGAAUCAGCAGACAGGGGGGAGGUUCAAAAAGUAUCUACAUGGUGCUUAGAGAAUAAUUUGCACCUAAAUAUUAGCAAGACAAAGCAGAUGGUGUUGGACUUUCAGAGGAAGAGAGGGGAACUAGCCCCAUUGUAUAAUCGGGACGUUGUGUGGAGAGAGUCUCUUCCUUUAAAUUUCUGGGAGUUUACCUUAGUGAAGACCUCACUUGGAAAAACAAUAUAACUCAGGUGGUUAGGAAGGCCCAACAGAGACUCCAUUUUCUCAGGGCCUUGUGAAAGAACAAUGUUAAACAACAAUUGAUGACCUCCUUCUACUGGUCCACAAUAGAAAGUGUCCUCUCUUAUUGUAUCACAGUGUGGUACAUUGGCUUGACAGCCACAGACAGAAGGUCUUUACAGAGGGUGGUGAACACAGCACAUGAUAUCAUGGGCUGUCCCCUGAGCCCGCUAGGUGACAUUGCAAGGGAUCGUUGCCUUAAGAGAGCGAGAAAAAUUCUCAGGGACGAUUCAUACCCCGGCCAGCACCUCUUUAAUAUUCUACCCUCGGGCAGGAGAUAUAGAAGUAUAAUCAGUCGUUGUUGUUGUUUAGUCGUUUAGUCGUGUCCGACUCUUCGUGACCCCAUGGACCAGAGCACGCCAGGCACGCCUGUCUUCCACUGCCUCCCGCAGUUUGGUCAGACUCAUGUUUGUGGCUUCGAGAACACCAUCCAACCAUCUCGUCUUCUGUCGUCCCCUUCUCCUUGUGCCCUCCAUCUUUCCCAACAUCAGGGUCUUUUCCAGGGAGUCUUCUCUUCUCAUGAGGUGGCCAAAGUAUUCGAGCCUUAGCUUCACGAUCUGUCCUUCCAGUGAGCACUCAGGGCUGAUUUCCUUAAGAAUGGGUGUGUUUGAUCUUCUUGCAGUCCAUGGGACUCUCAAGAGUCUCCUCCAGCACCAUAAUUCAAAAGCAUCAAUUCUUUGGCGAUCAGCCUUCUUUAUGGUCCAGCUCUCACUUCCAUACAUCACUACUGGGAAAACCAUGGCUUUAACUAUACGGACCUUUGUUGGCAAGGUGAUGUCUCUGCCUUUUAAGAUGCUGUCUAGGUUUGCCAUCGCCUUUCUCCCAAGAAGCAGACGUCUUUUAAUUUCAUGACUGCUGUCACCAUCUGCAGUGAUCAUGGAGCCCAAGAAAGUAAAAUCUCUCACUGCCUCCAUUUCUUCCCCUUCUAUUUGCCAGGAGGUGAUGGGCCCAGUGGCCAUGAUCUUCGUUUUUUUGAUGUUGAGCUUCAGACCAUAUUUUGCACCCUCCUCUUUCACCCUCAUUAAAAGGUUCUUUAAUUCCUCUUCACUUUCUGCCAUCAAGGUUGUGUCAUCUGCAUAUCUGAGGUUGAUGAUAUUUCUUCCGGCGAUCGUAAUUCCGGCUUGGCAUUCAUCCAGCCCAGCCUUUCGCAUGAUGAAUUCUGCAUAUAAAUUAAAUAAGCAGGGAGACAAUAUACAGCCUUGCUGUACUCCUUUCCCAAUUUUGAACCAAUCAGUUGUCCCAUAUCCAGUUCUAACUGUAGCUUCUUGUCCCACAUAGAGAUUUCUCAGGAGCCAGAUGAGGUAAUCAGGCACUCCCAUUUCUUUAAGAACUUGCCAUAGUUUGCUGUGGUCGACACAGUCAAAGCCUUUGGCAUAGUCAAUGAAGCAGAAGUAGAUGUCUUUCUGGAACUCUCUAGCUUUCUCCAUAAUCCAGCGCAUGUUUGCAAUUUGGUCUCUGGUUCCUCUGCCCCUUCGAAAUCCAGCUUGCACUUCUGGGAGUUCUCGGUCCACAUACUGCUUGAGCCUUCCUUGUAGAAUUUUAAGCAUAACCUUGCUAGCGUGUGAAAUGAGUGCAAUUGUGCGGUAGUUGGAGCAUUCUUUAGCACUGCCCUUCUUUGGGAUUGGGAUGUAGACUGAUCUUCUCCAAUCCUCUGGACACUGCUGAGUUUUCCAAAUUUGCUGGCAUAUUGAGUGUAGCACCUUAACAGCAUCAUCUUUUAAAAUUUUAAAUAGUUCAGCUGGAAUAUCAUCACUUCCACUGGCCUUGUUAUUAGCAGUGUUUUCUAAGGCCCAUUUGACUUCACUCUCCAGGAUGUCUGGCUCAAGGUCAGUAACCACACUACCUGGGGUAUACGAGACAUCCAUUUCUUUCUGGUAUAGUUCCUCUGUGUAUUCUUGCCACUUCUUCUGGAUGUCUUCUGCUUCUGUUAGGUCCUUUCCACUUUUGUCUUUUAUUAUGGUAAUCUUUGUACGAAAUGUUCCUUUCAUAUCUCCAAUUUUCUUGAACAGAUCUCUGGUUUUUCCCAUUCUAUUGUUUUCCUCUAUUUUUUUGCAUUGCUCGUUUAAGAAGGCCUUCUUGUCUCUCCUUGCUAUUUUUUGGAAAUCUGCAUUCAAUUUCCUGUAUCUUUCACUAUCUCCCUCGCAUUUUGCUUGCCUUCUCUCCCCUGCUAUUUGUAAGGCCUUGUUGGACAGCCACUUUGCUUUCUUGCAUUUCCUUUUCAUUGGGAUGGUUUUAGUUGCUGCCUCCUGUAUAAUGUUACGAGCCUCCAUCCAUAGUUCUUCAGGCACUCUGUCCACCAAAUCUAAAUCCUUAAACCUGUUCCUCACUUCCACUGUGUAUUCAUAAGGGAUUUGACUUAGAUUGUAUCUUACCGGCCCAGUGGUUUUUCCAACUUUCUUCAGUUUAAGCUUGAAUUUUGCUAUAAGAAGCUGAUGAUCUGAGCCACAGUCAGCUCCAAGUCUUGUUUUUGCUGACUGUAUAGAGCUUCUCCAUCUUUGGCUGCAGAGAAUAUAAUCAAUCUGAUUUCGAUGCUGCCCAUCUGGUGAUGUCCAUGUGUAGAGUCGUCUCUUGUGUUGUUGGAAAAGAGUGUUUGUGAUGACCAGCUUGUUCUCUUGGCAGAACUCUAUUAGCCUUUGCCCUGCUUCGUUUUGAACUCCAAGGCCAAACUUGCCAGUUGUUCCUUUUAUCUCUUGACUCCCUACUUUAGCAUUCCAAUCCCCUAUAAUGAGAAGAACAUCCUUCUUUGGUGUCAUUUCUAUAAGGUGUUGUAAGUCUUCAUAGAAUUGGUCAAUUUCAGUUUCUUCAGCACCAGUGGUUGGUGCAUAAACUUGGAUUACUGUGAUGUUAAAAGGUCUGCCUUGGAUUCGUAUCGAGAUCAUUCUAUCAUUUUUGAGAUUGCAUCCCAGUACAGCUUUUGCCACUCUUUUGUUGACUAUGAGGGCCACUUCAUUUCUUUUACGGGAUUCUUGCCCACAGUAGUAGAUAUGAUGGUCAUCCGAACUGAAUUCGCCCAUUCCUGUCCAUUUUAGUUCACUGAUGCCCAGGAUGUCAAUAUUUAUUCUUGCCAUCUCAUUUUUGACCACAUCCAACUUACCCAGGUUCAUGGUUCUUACAUUCCAGGUUCCUAUGCAAUAUUUUUCUUUACAGCAUUGGACUUUCCUUCCUUCCAACAGGCUAAAAAACAGUUUCUAUCUGUGGGCUGUUAGGCUGCUGAAUGGAAAAUAAUAUAGUGCAACUGACUUUGGGGUUUGGUGUGUUGUGCGACAAGCGCACAAAGUGCAAUGAGAUUGAGUGUUUGUUGGGGGGGAAGGCUCAGUUAAUUUCAUUGUACACAGGUUGUACAUUGACAAUAAAGGUAUCAUUAUUAUCUUGUCUCUCUCUUUUUCUUCCACGUAAAUCAGGCUACCCAGUACAUGGAACUGAUUUCGAAAGAAAUGCAGCCAGUGGCUGGUACAGAAGGUGCUUAUUAUCGUCGCAGGAGGUUGAUGAGACAGCUUCCUAUUUAUGACCAGGAUCCUUCCCACUGCCGGGGCCUUUCAGAGAGUGAAAUAAAGUUGAUGGAGGACUUCGUGAAGAAAUACAAAGAUGGCGUUCUUGGCGUCGGGGAAGUUGCACUGCCAGGUCAUGGAGGAACUGCCAAAGAUGAUGGGAAACAACCUGAUAAAGGCAUUCCUGCAAGUAAAGAAGUUGUUUCUACCAAUGGAACCCUGGGUGAUGUGCCUAAAGGGCAGGAAUUGGUAAGUAUGCAAAGGCUUCCCUGGAGGCAUAUAAUCGGGAUACAUAGUGCAUGGAGUUGCAUAGGAAGGAAUGGAGCAUAUUUCUGUGUUUGGCCAAAUGUGGUUUAAUGAAAGAAAACAAUCUGUCUGCCAGAAGUGCUUAAAACAACUUAAGUGUAUUUUUCGGUAUAGACUCCCCAGUAAUCUUGGAAAUCUUAGUCCUUGAGUUCACGAGGCCGUCAUGCUCACAAACUUACUAAUUUUGGAGCUUUUUCUGAAAAACCUUUGUAACAAACUGGUGGCAAUGUCUUUUCAAAAAUAUUUUUAUUUUCCAAGGAUUUUUUAAAAUGAUGACACUUUUGCAUUCAAUUAUACACCAAAUUCAUUGUGUUUGACUUCCUCCCCCCUUCCUAAUUCAAUCAUUCAUCAUCUUGCAUAUAAUUAUUUUUCCUUUGUAAUUUUCAAAUCUUAAUUAUAAAUACGUUGUCCAUAUUUAACACAUCGUAAAUGUUACAACAACCCUGCUAAUGUUUUAACAUAUUUGCAGUGUUCUUUAACAUAUUCUAUAAAUUUUACCCAAUCUUGUAAGAAUUUCUUCUCAUCUUGUUGCCUGAUCCUCAUGGUAAGCUUUGCCAUUUUGGCAUAUUCUAUCACAGGCAGAGGCAAACUCGGCCCUCCAGGUGUUUUGGGACUACAACUCCCAUCAUCCCUAGCUAACAGACCAGUGGUCAGGGAUGGUGGGAGUUGUAGUCCCAAAACAGCUGGAAGGCCGAGUUUGCCUAUGCCUGCUCUGUCAUCUUGAUUAUCCAUUCUUCCAAACUGGUGGCAAUGCCAUGGAUGUGUGAAUUGGGAGAGCUGGUAAGUUGAAUAAGUGGAGAGAGGUGGGGGGGAGAGACAGAUUGAGGAAUGGGUUGGGCAGAAGUGGUUUGAGGACUGCCAAAAGGUGGGCUUGGGGAGUGGGAUUUGCAGGUAUGAGCUCCUUUUUUUCUUUCUUUCUUGCCCAAUGCUCUGUAGCAGCAGUGAAAUGUACAUACAGUGGUACCUCGGGUUACAUACGCUUCAGGUUACAUAUGCUUCAGGUUACAGACUCCGCUAACCCAGAAAUAGUGCUUCAGGUUAAGAACUUUGCUUCAGGAUAAGAACAGAAAUUGUGCUCCAGCGGCAGCAGGAGGCCCCAUUAGCUAAAGUGGUGCUUCAGGUUAAGAACAGUUUCAGGUUAAGAACUGACCUCCGGAACAAAUUAAGUAUUUAACCCGAGGUACCACUGUAUUGGCUCUGAAAGGUCCCCAUAUCUGAUAGUCCCUGCUCAAAUUUUUGCUAGAGCAAGGGUAGGUGGGGGAUUGUAGAGGGGAAGCUAUCAAAAGGGGGAAUAUUACAAACAGUGAAAACCCUUUGCAAGUUCAUUGCUAGACCACGUUGCAGUGAGUCAGUCUGGGAAAGAUUUUUGUUACCCAUUCUAGGGGGGGAAAUACACACCACCCUUCCUAUCUUAAGGCUAAGACUUCCGCUUAAAGGCAUUUGUAAAAACCAUCUUGGCAAGGGAGGUUUAUUUUGACUGCAAAUUCAUCCCUCCAAGUAAAUACAUACCUGUGGUGUUUAUUCUCCAGAAGAAUUUAAUGCUUUAUUUUUUUCCUUUGGGCACCAGUGGAAAAGCUAAAUUCUUUGAGAAGCAAUUACAAAAGCUCCGUUUGUGCAGAUGUCGUGAGACUGCUAAACUAUGGGGCUGCUCUGCAAAAUUCCAUGGAAGGUUCUGACAUUCCAAAAAAAUGGAACAUUUAAGCUUUUGUUUGGAUUGGCAAAAUGGAACCCGUGUUAAGGGCUGUGGGUGGGUGGCUAGAUAGAUUGUCCUCAGGCUAUUCAAUCAACAAGUGUUAGGAUGUUGAUAAAAUCUUGUAGAAUUUAAAACAAAGUACAAUGCAAAGUGACUGCUUCUCACUUUGGUUUACAACUGCAGGUUCCUGGUGUUCUCUCAAAAAAAGAUCUACUUUUUAAAACUUCUUCCCUGUUCAAAUUGUUUAGAAUACAUCUCAAUACUUGGCAGUAAGUGUACCAUCACACUGCUGAAAUCCCUAUAAUUUUUAUCUGAUCAUCUUGAUUUUUUAAAAAAUAAAUAAAUUAGCAAUUACACGUCUACUCUAUAAUUCUCCGGGAAAAUUGAAUUGUGUGUGAUGUGCCAGCACUUUGCUGUGCCAGGCUGCCAUUAUGAAGCAAUAAGUGAGAAUCUGCAAAGCCACAAAACAUUGUUCACAAACUAGUUUCCUUCAGUACAAUAACAACCCUUUUCUAUGACACAUUGAGUGUGGUCCCUUUGCACGUACAGAGGUUUUGACCCUCCUGUUAAAAAACUUUUUUGCUAUACACACUUGCAUGUUCCCUACUUCUCUGAGAGAUGAGGGGAAACCCAGGGAUGGUGAUACAAGUUUGGAUGGAGUCUUCUAGCAUCCUAUACAGUAUAACAUUUGGUGGCAUAUUUGUAAAUAAUUAGGUGCAAAAUUUCUAAUUCUGCAUUGGGUUCUCAAAGGAAGAAGCAGUACCCUAAGACUAAAUCAGUUUUAGCCAUCCCUAGCCCAAACACUUUCAGCCCUCUGCCUAAUUCAAACUUAGCAGUGACAACUGGUUAUGACAAUUCUCUUGUCUCCCAACUCUAAGGAAGGUGAAGACCAGGGCCGGAUUUAAGUAUAAGCUAAACAAGCUAUAGCUUAGGGCCCCACCCUCUUGCCCCCGCAAAAAAUUAUGAGUAAAAAUUGUAAAUUGUGUUUCUAAAGGAACUUUGUUAUUGCCCAAUGCCAUUGUGUUUGCGUUAUUAAGUUUGUUAUGAAUAAAAAAAUCAUUUUAAGUUAGAGCUUAAUAAUUAUUUCACUAUAAAUAUAAAGGUAAAGGGACCCCUGACCAUUAGGUCCAGUUGUGGCCGACUCUGGGGUUGCAGCGCUCAUCUCGCUUUAUUGGCCGAGGGAACUGGCGUACGGCUUCUGGGUCAUGUGGCCAGCAUGACUAAGCACUUCUGGCGAACCAGAGCAGCGCACAGAAACGCCGAUUACCUUUCUUGCACUUUGACGUGCUUUCGAACUGCUAGGUUGGCAGGAGCAGGGACCGAGCAACAGGAGCUCACCCCGUCGCAGGGAUUCGAACCGCCUUAAUUGUAUUUCAGUUCAACAAUUACUUUGAUAAAAUACAUAUUUUGUUAUGUGCAAAUGGCUUUAGAUACCUAUUAGGCCUAUAUAUUACCAUAUAGCAUAUAUUCAACACAAAAAACAGCAACAAUUUGUUGUUGACAAAGGACAGCUGAACAUAUAAAGGGCCCCAUUACCUUCAGUAGCUUAGGGCCUCAUCAAACCUAAAUCCGGCCCUGGUCAGGACCAAGAAGGCCUCUCUUUUUGCAUCCCUUGCAAAACUACAGGACAGGUUUCUUAAUUCAAACUCUGCCAGCUUGUAAAAAAUACAAAAUCCUGCAUUUGACAAAGUGAGCUCUGGUCCACAAAUAUAUCUAUCAGUCUUUAACGUGACAACAUAGCUAUGCAUCUAAUUUUUGCAUAUCUGCAAAGUAUAAGGAUUUUUGUGAUUUUAAGAAUGCAAUCGUUAAGGAUACAUACUACAGUUUGGAUUUUUUUAAAAAAUCAUGUUGCUUGAGUUCCAAGUUAACUGCACUGUUGAGUAAAUACUAUCUUAGUAAAUUAGUCAGAUUCACCUGAAUGGUUACAGAACAUUCUGUGCGCUGGUGGUGAAGUCACUCCUUUGCCCAUUUUACCCUGGCUCUGUUGAAAGAAAACGAACUGUGCAAAGAGGACGCAGAAGCAUGAAAACCUACAAGCUUUCCAUCCACUACUAAUCAGAAUUCACCUCUGUUCCAGAGCAUUCUUUGAAGCCAACAGCAGUCAAAUAAACACUCGCUGAAAACGUACCCACAUUUGUUCAACCACAAGGACUUCAGCUUUCUUUUUUUUAUAUAUGAUAUUUAUUGAAAUUUCAGAAAAAAGAAUUACACAAAAACAAGAAGUAAAAAUACAAAAAAAGUACAAAAUACAAAAUACAGAAUAAAAGAAUAAAAAACACUUAAAAAGAAAAAAAAAUAGAUGAAUCUUUCCAUAGCUUAGAUUCAUAUCCUUGUUUCCCUGACCUCCUCAUACCUCCCUUUUUUGUAUUCCAGUUCAAUUAGUUAAGUCAGCAAUUUCUUUCCCUCUUUGUUUCCUCAUAAUCCUUUAACUUAAUAUACUAUAACUUUAAAUUUUCAUCUGUUAUCAAUCCUUUUUCACAUACACCUUUAUGGCAUUACUGCUUAAACCACCUAGCUUCAUUCCAACAUCAUUCUAACAUUCAUUAAUUUUGCAAUAUUUCUGUAAAUAGUCUUUAAAUUUCUUCCAAUCUUCUUCCACCGACUCUUCUCCCUGGUCUCGGAUUCUGCCAGUCAUUUCCGCCAAUUCCAUGUAGUCCAUCACCUUCAUCUGCCAUUCUUCCAGAGUGGGUAGGUCUUGUGUCUUCCAAUACUUUGCAAUAAGUAUUCUUGCUGCUGUUGUGGCAUACAUAAAGAAAGUUCUAUCCUUCUUUAACACCAGUUGGCCGACUAUGCCCAGGAGAAAGGCCUCUGGUUUCUUCAAGAAGGUAUAUUUAAAUACCUUUUUCAAUUCAUUAUAUAUCAUCUCCCAGAAAGCCUUAAUCCUUGGGCACGUCCACCAGUGGUGAAAGAAUGUACCUUCAGUUUCUUUACAUUUCCAACAUUUGUUAUCGGGCAAAUGAUAGAUUUUUGCAAGCUUGACUAGUGUCAUGUACCACCUGUAAAUCAUUUUCAUAAUAUUCUCUCUUAAGGCAUUGCAUGCCGUAAACUUCAUACCUGUGGUCCAUAACUGUUCCCAGUCAGCCAUCAUUAUGUUAUGUCCAACAUCUUGUGCCCAUUUAAUCAUAGCAGAUUUCACCGUUUCAUCCUGAGUAUUCCAUUUCAACAGUAAGUUAUACAUCUUUGACAAAAUCUUAGUUUUAGGUUCUAAUAGUUCUGUUUCUAAUUUUGAUUUUUCCACCUGGAAGCCAAUUUUCUUGUCCAAAUUAUAUGCCUCCAUUAUCUGAUAAUAAUGAAGCCAGUCUCGCACUUUGUUUUUUAAUUUCUCAAAACUCUGCAGUUUCAGUCUAUCUCCAUCUUGUUCCAAAAUUUCCCAAUAUUUCGGCCAUUUGACCUCCAUAUUGAGCUUUUUCAGUGCUUUUGCUUCCAUCGGUGACAACCACCUUGGGGUUUUGUUUUCCAAUAAGUCCUUGUAUCUUAUCCAAACAUUAAACAAUGCUUUCCUGACAGUAUGGUUUUUGAAUGCUUUAUGUUCUUUGACCUUAUCAUACCACAGAUAUGCAUGCCAUCCAAAUACAUUGUUAAAACCUUCUAGAUCCAAAAUGUCUGUGUUUUCAAGAAGCAGCCAUUCUUUCAACCAGCAAAAAGCUGCUGAUUCAUAGUAAAGUUUAAAGUCUGGCAGGGCAAAUCCACCUCUUUCCUUUGCAUCUGUUAGUAUUUUAAAUUUUAUUCUAGGCUUCUUGCCCUGCCAGACAAAUCUAGAAAUAUCUCUCUGCCACCUCUUGAAACAGUCCAUUUUGUCCACAAUUUGCAAUGUUUGAAACAAAAAUAACAUUCUAGGCAAUACAUUCAUUUUUAUCACAGCAAUACGACCCAGCAGUGAAAGCUUCAAAUUUGACCAAAUUUCUAAAUCUUUUUUCACUUCAGCCCAGCAUUUUUCAUAGUUGUCUUUAAAUAAAUUCCCAUUUUUUUGCUGUCAUGUUAAUCCCCAGGUAUUUAACUUUCUUAACCACUGUUAAACCUGUCUCAUUCUGAAACCUCUCUCUCUCAAUUGGUGUUAAGUUUUUCUCUAAAACCUUGGUUUUUAACUUAUUCAGUUUGAAUCCUGCAACCUGACCAAAUUCUUGAAUCAGUUCUAAAACCCUUUUGGUACUAGAUUGUGGCUCCUGUAACGUCAAUACUAAGUCAUCUGCAAAUGCUCUCAAUUUGUACUGUUUGGCUCCGACUUGUAUACCUUUAACCAACUGGUCCCUUCUAAUCAUAUUCAGCAAAACCUCCAGGACCGAUAUAAAAAGCAAUGGGGAGAUUGGGCAGCCUUGUCGUGUCCCUUUUUCUAUCUUAAAUUCUUCCGUCACCACAUUAUUUACAAUUAAUUUAGCCUUUUGUUCAGAGUAUAUUGCACUUAUACCAUUUUCAAAGCCUUGGCCUACCCCCAUACCCUGUAAGUUCUUCUUCAUAAAGCUCCAAGAAAUGUUGUCAAAAGCUUUCUCCGCAUCCACAAAUAUUAAAACUGCCUUAGUAUUUAUAUUCACUUGUAAUUUUUCUAAAAUAUUGAUUAUAUUUCUCACAUUUUCAGAUAGAUGUCUACCCGGGAGAAAGCCUGCUUGGUCUUUAUGUAUCUCUUCCACUAACACUCUUUUUAGUCUUUUAGCCAAGAUGUCUGCAAAAAUUUUGUAAUCCACAUUGAGCAGUGAUAUGGGGCGGUAGUUCUUAAGCUGCAUCUUUUCAGUACAAGUAUGAUAUACGCUUCUUUCCACGACUCUGGUGCCCUUUUCCCAUCCAUUAUUUCAUUACAGACUUCUUUUAAAGGUUGUACUAACCAUUCUUUUAAAGAUCUGUAGUAUCUAGAAGUCAAUCCAUCACAAGGACUUCAGCUUUCAAGACAUUAGAGAACACCAGUAUUAGUGCCAAACAUUGAAACCAUUUGGAUGUGAGGGGGUGGGUGACACUGAAGCUUUUUGCUGUUAUUCCGUAAUUUUGGUGGCUCAUGCUUCAAGCAUUAAAAUCUGAGAUAAUGGUGAAUUAGCACAGUUUAUACUGAUUUUGGGAGGGGGGGACUUGCCACAGUUCAUGGGGGAAUUCCUGUUGGACAUCUAUACACAGUGCCAGAUUUACGUAUAAGCUAAACAAGCUAUAGCUUAGGCCCCCACUCUCUUGGGGGCCCCAAAAAAAUUUAAAGGGGAAAAAACUGGAUGUACAUUUCCAAAAUAUGAUAAAAAACAAAAUCAUAUAUUUACACCUAUUAUUAUUUCAUGUUAAAACAAGUUUCUAGAGACUAGAUUAUGAGUCUUUGUAAAUUGUGUUUCUAAAGGAACUUUUGUUAUUGCCAAGUGCCAAUGUGUUUGCAUUAUUAAGUUUGUUCUGAAUAAAAAAUCAUUUUAAGUUAGAGCUUAAUAAUUAUUUCACUAUUAAUAUACUUCUUCUUAAUUGUAUUUCAGUUCAACAAUUACUUUGAUAAAAUACAUAUUUUGUUAUGUGCAAAUGGCUUUAGAUACCUAUUAGGUCCAUAUAUUACCAUAUAGCAUAUAUUCAACACAAAAAACCGUGGCAAUUUGUUGUUGACAAAGGACAGCUGGACAUAUAAAGGGCCCCAUUACCUUCAGUAGCUUAGGGCCUCAUCAAACUUAAAUCUGGCCCUGUCUAUACAAUUAAACCUAGAGCCAAAGCAAUCCAAAAUUUCUGCCACUGCAACUACAGAGCAACAUCCCCAGUCCGGUUCCUUGUAAGGUUGUCAUACAUAUGUACCUGGAAUUCUGCAGUUGGAAGCGGUGUCCGACAGAAAUCGGCAAAACAUCCGGGAAAAUCCAGGUGUGUGGCAGCCCAUGUUGGCGUAUUUCACUUUUUGAAAUAUGGCAAACCUAGUCACUUGCAGGGGACACGGGUGGCGCUGUGGGUUAAACCACAGAGCCUAGGACUUGCCGAUCAGAAGAUCAGCGGUUUGAAUCCCCGCGACGGGGUGAGCUCCCAUUGCUCGGUCCCUGCUCCUGCCAACCUAGCAGUUCGAAAGCACAUCAAAGUGCAAGUAGAUAAAUAGGUACUACUCUGGCGGGAAGAUAAACGCCGUUUCUGUGCGCUGCUCUGCUUCGCCAGAAGCGGCUUAGUCAUGCUGGCCACAUGACCCGGAAGCUGUACUCCAGCUCCCUCAGCCAAUAAAGCGAGAUGAGCGCCGCAACCCCAGAGUCAGUCACGACUGGACCUAACAGUCAGGGGUCCCUUUACCUUUACCUUAGUCACUAGCAGCAGCAGCACCAGGAGAAGGAGGAGAUUGAUGGUGUCCUGAUCUCUGCACCAACUCCAUACUGGUACUGUGAUCAUUUCCGAUCCUGGCUGUGACAGCAACAUGCAGUGGAUGCUCAGCCCCUUCCUCGGCUCAUCCCCUUCUUCAGAAUGCCCUGUGUCAGGGCUUUCCACCCAACCCCCACUAGCAGGGAUACUGCAAGCAGGCCUUCCACAUGCACACUGAGUGGGCAGAAACAGGGAGUUCUGCAAUGGCGAAGUGAUGCCUGUGUUACUUGACUGGCAGGAAACUGGCUAAGCUGCCAGAAGCAAGUAGAGGGCUCUUCUCAGUCCAAACCUCUCACAACUCAGUGUAAGUGUCUUAAGACUGAACACACAGUAACUACCUCUUGGAGUCUCAUUUUAAACCUCCGACAUUCAGCCAAGCUCUCCCCGCCAGUGCAAAACAUCUCUCCGUAGGCCUUCAGUGACAUGGUCAACUUGCAUAGCAAGCUUGUAAUAAAGGAAGGGGCUAAAACCGGCAGUCUUCAAAGAGUUUAGGGAAAUCCAUGUACAAGUCUUGGCUUUCCGAGUCCUUUUCUUGAGAUUCAGCUUGGGGCUGGAACACAAAUAUUCCACUGAUGCCAAAGCUUCCCUUCACAGGAAAAGAGUGGUUUGUGUGCUUAAGGGAGGGAUUCUUCGGGGAAGCUGUUUUUGUUUUAUUUUAUUUCAGUGGAAAUGGAAAUGGAAAUAAAAAGCUGUCAGUAUUAACUAAGGAAAUAUUCAUUGGCAUGCAAUGUGAUAAGCCACAUAUUGAAAAUAAGUUCUCACCAUAGAUACUCAGGGGGCCAGCAGCAGCCUUUCCUUACAGUUGCAAUAGCAGAGACUUAAAAGCAAACAAACUAGCCUUAUAUCAAAAAGAGGCAAUUUUUUUCUUCUGCAUGCCUUCUAAGAUCAAACUAGAGCACCCUCAACUCUUAACCAUAUAAUGUUUAAUUGUAUUGUUCUUUGAGUGGCUGGGAAAACCCAGCCAGAUGGGCGGGGAUAAAUAAAUAAAUUAUUAUUAUUAUUUUAUUUAUUUAUUUAUUUGCAUGACAGGAUGGGGUAAAGUUCAUAAUGAGCAGGGCAAACCAGACCCUGAAUCUGCUGCGCUAGAGGGGGCUUCAGUGGAGUAGAAGCUGUCCAGUUCCACCAGCAGGGAAGCUCCAUUGGUGAGGGGUACCCCAAUGAGUCUGGAGUGAGCAGGCAAAAGCUGCCACCACCAGUGUCUGUCCGUCCCAUCCCCCCCAUUCAGUAGCCAAUAGAAAACCAAAAAUGUUUUUUUGCUGCCAUGGCUAGCCAGGAAUUAAGAUUAUAGCCCAAGACUAUAAAAGGCUGAAACAAAUACAGUGGUCUUAGGCCUCAGUUAUCUUAGGAGGUUCCCAUGAUCACACAUGCCCUGUUGAACAACAGCCGUACAAGACUUCACAAACGCUGCUAAAAAAUUACUUGGCAAUAUUUGCUAGGAAACAGGAUUAAAAAUCCCAAUAACAUUUUAUUAAAAUAAGAACACGAGAAGAGCUAUCGAGUCAAGAAUCCUCUUCUCACAGUGGCCAGCCAAGUACCUGUGGGGAGCAUAAUAUUAACAUGAAAUUACAAUGUUACUUAAAAACAAAAACCCACUUGAAUUUUACUUUCGCAGGAAGUAACAAUUUUCUUUGCCAUGUUGUAUAAAGUGCAACUUUUUUCCUAGAAUUUGUUUCUAUAUUAAUUUGCCAUUUGCACUCGUAAAUGAGGUGUUAUUUUCGCUGCUUUAGCCAAAUCUCAAACUUUAUUUAGCCACUGUUUCCAGGGAGGGUAUAUGUAACUUUCCAUUUUCAAUCCAGUAACAUUCUUGCAGCUAUUAACAAGUAGAAGUUAAUAGGUAAAUAAGUUACGAUAGGUGAAGAAAUACUUUCUUUUGUUUGUCCUGGAACUUCUAACAUUCAUUGGAUAUCCCUGAGUUCUGGUGCUAUGAGAGAAAGAAAAGCUUUCCUCUAUCCCCUUUCUCUGGCUGAUUUUAUACACUUGUAUCAUGUUUUCUCUAAGCUAAGAAGCCCCAAAUGCUGUAAACUUCCCUCAGAGCGGCUCCAUCCUGUUUAUCCCCUUUUCAGAACCUUUUCCAAUUCUACAGAAUACUGUUUUGAUUCAUAUCCCUACUAUUUUUUAAAGCAGACUGUCUGCUAUAUAGCUUGCUAUCUGCGUUGUAAUCCAUCACGGGAGAUCACAAUUGAAUUAAUAAAAUAAAUAAAUAUUACAAAUAUGAAUCUAAUUUCUGAAGAUUGUUCUUGCAGUAAAGAACAAUUAGUAUUUUAUUACAGUGGUGCCCCGCAAGACGAAUGCCUCGCAAGACGGAAAACCCGCUAGACGAAAGGGUUUUCCGUUUUUGAGUUGCUUCGCAGGACGAAUUUCCCUAUGGGCUUGCUUCGCAAGACGAAAAUGUCUUGCGAGUCUAGAGAUUUUUUUUUCGCUUUUCCCCCCCUUUAUCUAAUCUGCUAAGCCUUUAAUAGCCUUUAAUAGCCUUUUAGCAGCUAAUCCCUAAGCCUUUAAGCCUUUAAUAGCCGCUAAACCGCUAAUAGCGCUAAUCCGUUAAGCCGCUAAUAGGGUUGCUUCGCAAGACGAAAAAACCGCUAGACGAAGACUCUCGCGGAACGGAUUAAUUUCGUCUUGCGAGGCACCACUGUAUUUUAAAAUGUAUUUCUAUGAUGCCUUAACAAGCCCCAGAAGAGAGAAAGAGUUCAUUGUAGUCUACAUUUUGCUCAGUUCGUUUUUUUUGUUUUGCAAUUGAGUUACGAUUGGAAUACUUGCUGAAAUACCCUUAGGGCACGUCAACACGCUUUGCCCUCCCUCUGUAGCCAUGGACCAACGUUGUCCCGUUCUCUUGCCAAUGCUGGCGGCAGAGCCAUGAAGAGUCUCCAUGCAGUGGUGCCGAUUGAUGUGUUGAGCUACAGCAUGCAAUAAACUUGCACACUGUGGCUGAUUUAAAUGCUUCCACUUGGAGGGCCUAAGGCAUGAGAUCCUAAAAGCUGGCCCUGAGCUUAAGGUGAAUGGGAGCUGGCUGACACGAAGCAUGAAAUUGUACCUUUGGCUGUGAAUUAGUUGAGCAGUGCUUUAUUAUUCCUUGCAAAAGGGUGGAUGAAUAUUCAUUACGGCCUUACUUUCUUCUUCAGUUCUGCGACCUCUGCAAGCAGGUGCUGCCCUCAGAAUCCCCUGUGGUAUAUGCCAGCAGAGGAGGCUAUGAUCGUCAGUGGCAUCCUGCAUGCUUUGUGUGCUGCAAGUGUUCUGAACCGCUUGUGGACCUGAUCUACUUCUGGAACAAUGGGGCCAUCUGGUGUGGGCGUCAUUACUGUGAGAGCGUAAGGCCACGCUGUGCGGCCUGUGACGAGGUAUGACGGCUGGGGAAAUGGAAGUCUCUUCUCCUGCAUAGCUCUCAAUUUCUCUGCCUAUAAGAAACUAUCAGCUCCGGGGAAUUGCGUUUGGCCGAAUGCCUCUGCAAAAUGAAUACUUGCCUCUAGUAUAUGAGUGCUUUUUGGGUGGGGGUGGGGAUUUUGGUGGUUUUGAGGGAUAGAAAAUGGAACAGGUGAAUGGGGGUGGAACCAUAACUAAUCAGUGAGGAACCUGCUUAGUACCAGGUACAGAAAUAUAGGGAGUGGUGUGCAGCUUUGAAAAAAGUGUGAGUAGAAUGACUUCUGCUUGCACAGCUAAGCUUUCCUGUCCCACAUUGUCCCCAGAGGGUUGGAGGAAACCCUAGAAUAGAUGUAGGGGUCAGGUGAGGGAAGAGGAGAGGGGGAAAGUCCCAUUGCACAGCAGGUCAUUCUGCUUGCACAAAGGACUACUAAGCACCACAUUAAAUUCAACUCAGUGGUCUGAUCUGCCUAACAUGGUGAACUAAACUAUGACUUACCAGGACCAUGUCAACAUGCAAGCUCUUGGAGAUGAUCUCUCAGCCACUCUAUUCCUCCCUCAUCGUUUUUGCUCCAGGGACUUUUGGAUUUGCGUUUGCCCUACCUUGUUAUCUGAAACUGGGCUGAUAGUUAACCUCUCUCCUUGCUAACCAUGAGCUGUUUGAAAUAUAUUUAAAUCACGGAAACCAGAAGCAUUUUAAGGUGCUCUUUUUUUUGUUUCAGUUUUAUUUUAAUAAGCAGAGGUUCUAUAAAAACCGAAAGCGGAAUAUAAACAUGCCCUACAGCUUUGAAUUAGCUAGGCCAAACUACUUCCGUAGUUUAUGUUGAGAGAUAUCCUCUUUUGGUGUGUUGCUAAAUAGUAAUGAUGCAAACACUGCUUUGUUUUAUAUGUGUUUUGGCUUGUCAACUGCUUUGUUUGUGUGUUGCUUCCAUAAUGAAGCAGUUAUAGGACUUGGCUGGCUCUAGGAAGAAAGUGACAUGAUAAAUGGAGUUGUUUACUUCCACAGAUAAUAUUUUCUGAGGACUACCAGCGAGUCGAAGGCCUCACCUGGCACAAGCAACACUUUACCUGCCUGGAGUGCGAGACCUUGCUGACAGGCCAACCAUUCAUCCUAGAUGCAGCCAACCUGCUAUGUACAACUUGUAGCAAAAACAAGCAUCCUUAGUCGGCAUGAAGUUUCUCAAACCAAAGUUUUCAUUUUCUGAUGCCAUCCAAAUUUGAAUCAAUGGGAUAAAAACAUGGGGGGGGGGGGAGUGAAGAAAGUCACUUCACUGUGGCUUUGGACUACUAUGACUAUUUACAAUCAUGUUAUCCUGGGAAAUGAGGUUGGAAAUGAUGACAGGGUAGCAAACACAUCGGGUUGAAAUCUACAGAAUGGAAUGUUCUAGUUCUUUCUAGAGUGAUAUAAACUAAUGUUCUGGAAACCAAUGGCCAUAAUGUUCAAUUACUGAUUGACUUCAUGUUACACUAUCUAAUCAAGGGUCUCUAGAAACAUGCAGAAUUCUUAAUUUUGCUGUCGGGCCUCACUACCUUUCUUGUUAUGAAAGUGUUAUAUUUAUAGAUCGAAACCACCACACUAACUCCAGCCAAAUUAGUGGCUUUAAAGAAUGGAACUAAGUGGCAAAACGUAUAUAACCCUGACGUUCACAAUAACUUUCUCUUCUUUGUUGUAAUGACCGACUUCUCAGAUGCAAGGGAUCUGCUUAUUAACUUGUGUUUACAAGUCAAGUACUGUUAAGAUUACUAUAGUAAACUGUUUUCAUGUUUGUCAAGAUAUUGGUGUAAUCAUGGCUUGUGCAGGGUGAUUGGAACAGAUGUAUAUUGCAACUUGCAUUCAAAUAAUUCUAGCUAUAGCUAUAGCUGUUUUUAAAGCAAAAUGUGUUUGCCUUACACUUAGUUUUCAGUGGGGUUUAUGGGGAUGGAUAAAUGGUUUGUGCUGGUUGUUAGUCUGUCCCGUAUAUUCUUUUUCUCGCCCCAAUUACUUUGUUACCCAGUUUCAUACCUAUAAAAAUCUACCACGUAGAGCAGUUCUAUUGCGACAGCCAAGAAACAGGGAGUGAUGAGUAACCAGUUUGUGCUCAACAGUUUCUUGACUUUCUUUUAACUCCACUCCUAUUUACCUUCAUUGAAACUGGAGGAUGAGCUCAAAUGUUGGCAUAAACACCCUUGCUCAUAUGCUUUGGUGACUUAGAAAUAAUAAUGAACCUGGGCAUUAUGUCAACUCACUUACUAUUUGGUCUCAGCUACUGGAUCCUAUUAUAGAUAUGGAGACCUUCAAGUCCUUCUGAAUCUUAUUCUGCCUAAUGUUUAUGAUGAGACUCUCAUCAGCUUAAACUGUACGAUGUUAAGAAAACAGCAUGUGAUCAUGAACAUUAUCCAAGGCACAUCCAACAAGAUAUGCAUUGACUCUUGUGAUAAGAAUACAUUGGAACAUGUAAAGUCUAUCUAGUUCCUAAUCAUUCAUUUGCUUGGGGUUAGCAGCAAGGCCAAUAUUAGUUGCAUGUCUUUAUGAAGCUGAGACUUUAACUCAGAUUAAGCCCAUUUAUAACAGAUAACCAAGGGAGCCCUCAGAAUCUAUAGAAACAAUUUUGUCGUUACUAGUUCUGUAAAUAUUUGGUUUGGUUGAUUAGUCCAGCAACAAUUGCCAAUGUACUGUAAGCAUCUGUCGGGAUACAGUGGGAGCAGAAGUUACCUGAGGUGAAGAACUGGAAAAUAAUUUCAAUUAAUUCUUCUGAUUUGAGACAUAGCACAUAUUAGAUGCUUGUAUUUUGCUUUCAGACAUAUAAUCAGUAUGGCUGUUUAAAGAAUUUAUGGAAACUAGGUAUGUACAAAGCAUAAGCUUAUUCAGUAAAUUUAGUUUUGGACAAUGUUUUUUGGCAGCACAGGAGAACUCCAUUUGGCCUGUAAUAUGUGCACAGUGAGUUUCUGGGUUGAAAAUAAAAACUGCAAUCCAUUGAUGCAACUAUGCUGGCAAAUCACCACCAGUUAUGACUGAGUUGACACUCCAAGCAAUGUGUAAAUAAGACAUAGUGGCUUGUGGAACACAAAUACCUGCUCAAGAGCCAUUGCAGUGUGUGCCUCUGAACUUGCUUGGGGUGCACUGAUUUCAGUAGUGCUUACCUGUGACACCUACCUGUGGCUGUAAAUGUAAAUACACCAGUGAAUAUAUUCAUUUAUUUACCCAGCCCCUCCAAUGUGAGUACUUAAAAUCUGGAGCAAAAAUAAAAUGCACAGCUUGUUUGGCCAAUGGUAGCUGAUGUAGAAAUGUAUACAGUACCUGAACAGCAUUUCUUAGCAGGUGGUCACUGGUAAAAGAAGGAAAAAUCCCCACAAUUUUAUAUAUGAUUUCACCUGCUAUAAAAAUAAUUACUUUAAAAUCAAUGCAGCACUCUUAACACUUAAAAAAAAAUUAUUAUUUUUAAGAAGCCUAUUGAAGUGUCAAUACAGCUCCAAUGCAGACAUCUAUAGGGAUGGUAUUUGGGUAUUCAGCCAGUAGAGCCAGUGUGGUGUAGUGGUUAAGAGCGGUAGACUCAUAAUCUGGUGAACCGGGUUCAGUUCUCCGCUCCUCCACAUGCAGCUGCUGGGUGACCUUGGGCCAGUCACACUUCUCUGAAGUCUCUCAGCCUCACUCACCUCACAGAGUGUUUGUUGUGGGGGAGGAAGGGAAAAGGAGAAUGUUAGCCGCUUUGAGACUCCUUCGGGUAGUGAUAAAGCGGGAUAUCAAAUCCAAACUCGUCUUCUACUCUUCUUCUCUUCAGCACACAUACACAUGCACCGAAAACCUGUGACCAUCCAGAUGUUGUUUGAUUCUUAGUCCCAUCAUCAUUUUUGACCACUGACAUGGUUGGUUUGGGCUGAUUGUAAUUGUAGUCAAACAGUAUUUGGAAGGCUACAGAUUCCCCAUCUCUGCCACAGAGAGAUGGACCAUGCGGUACAUGGGUCAAAGGAGCAAUAGCCUCAUCAAAAGCAUGCUGGACUUCCUAUAAUGCCUCAGAAUGGAUUGUAAAGAUGGCGUCCAUGGUUUUGUAGCAUUCUGCCACGUAGCAGUCUGUGAAGUCAGCUGCAUCAAGUGACUGUAUGAUCAGAUUUGCAUGUAAUCCCAUUGCCCCUGCAUCACUCGCCACGCCCCCGCUGGUGAUGCAUCAUGCCCCUGGGACACAUGCCAGCCACACCCCUGCCUGUUCUCCGCUCCAGGGGCUGCAGCAUGUUGCUCUGCCACUGACCACAGUGCUAAAAGAAGUAACCCAUUGCAUAAGUUUGGCAGGAUGCCUUAAGGCAAAUCACAUAGUUCUGAUUGGACAGUCUGGGCAAUCGGUUUGACGGGGACAGAAUUCACCAAACUCUGACCCCCAUACAAUCCAUCCCCCUUUUUCUUUUAACGGGACUGCAGGUGAAAUAGCACUUGGAGAAUUAUGCCCAUCACCUCAGCGCAGGUAGUUUAUAUGUGUAUAGUGUGAAUAAUAAAGAAAUAGUCAUGUUCUUUUAAGUUGUCUAGCUUAAAAUAUCUAAUACUUCCCCUAACAUUAACUGACAAGACAUGGAAAAAAUGUUUCUAAAUGCUUAAAUAUAAAGUAUUCAAAAAAAUAAAAUGUAAAGAAAUGGAAGCCUUUUGAGACGUGUCUUCAUCACUGUUGUAUCUUGGCCUUUAAGCAACUCAGAUGUUUUUAAAAAGUUUUUCCUGAAAGGAAUAUACUAUGCAGAAGGGGCAGAGUCAGAAAGGGGAGAAGGAUAAUGCUGGCAAUGCUUUCACUCUGAGAUUUGGAAGGCUGGAGUUCAGGUCUCAGCCCUCAUCUUGUCACCUCAUGGUUGAGAGAGAAGAGAAAGCAAUAAUAGAUGAGCGG